AUGGCGUCAGAGGGAAACGUUGACCGGUGGCAGGCCGCAUUGAGUGAGCAUGGCCUGUUCUCCAGGCUGCGAGCGGCGGAGGAGGCGGAGAAUAGCAAGGCCAGGAACCGGGCACAGCUCAGAAACCUUAUCUGCAGCGUGGACGGGGACCUGCUGGUGUGGGACCAGGAGGAGUGCUGCUUCUGGACUGUUAGACUACGGGACCUGGGAACAGACUCCUCGGGGAGCCGGGGGGAGCAGGUGAGGGGGAGCAUGUGACAGGGGAGAGGGAGCUGGGGAGAAGGAGCAGAGGGAGAGAGAGAGAGAGAGAGAGAGUGAGUGAAGGUGAGGGGGAGCUAGGGAGGGGGAGCAGAGAGAGAGAAGGUGAGAGGGAGCAUGUGACAAGGAAAAGGGGAAAGUGAGAGCUGGUGAUGGGGAGCAUAGAAAGUGAAAGUGAAGGGGAGCAUGUGACAGGGGAAAGGCAGCUGGGGAGAAAUAGUAGAGGGGGAGCAGAGAGAGAGAAGGUGAGAGGGAGCAUGUGACAAGGAAAAUGGGAAAGUGAGCUGGGGAGAAGUAGCAGAGGGGGAGCAUGUAACAAGGAACAGAGGAAAGGGUUCCCAUAAUGUUCUGGUUUAAUUUUUUCCCCCCCAUCAGCUUGUUUUCAUAAUUAAUUAUUGAAUGGGUGCAUGAUUAAUCUUCUCAUUGAUAUGGACAGGCUACAGUUAAUCAGGAGCUUAUUCACUAAUAUAAGAACUGUUGAAUAUAACGUAAAUUUUCCUGACAUAUGGUGGCAGUGCAAUAGGGAUGUACUCUUCCCUCGGGACAAACAUCUGAAAUAAUUAACAUAAAAAGUACCUCCCCUUACUAGGUAUAAGAGACCCAACCAGCCCAGGGACCUCAGUUCUCUUUCUUGUUCCAACAGGAAUGGAUGGCAUCUGGAAUAUGGAUGGUGAGGCACAUGGGUUGCUGCCAGGGGGAUCCGGUCUGAUAGCCUCCCGGGUGGAGAGCUGAAUGGCCAGCAAACAUCCUGCAGAUUACAGAGCAGGUAUGUAAGCCUGCUUUUUAUGCCGAGUGCAGUCACUGGCAAAGCAGGGAGGCGGUCUCUAGUGGCAGCAAAUCGCUGCUUGUUGGAGAUGAAUGCGCACGGCGGUGGAACGCAUGACCGGGUGGUUUUGCGUUCCACCGGAGUUACGACCACGCUACUGCGCAUGCGCAGUCUGAACUCCCUGAAAUGGCGCCACAUUUAAAGCGGAUCUGCCUAGUUAUGCUGUGCAGAUCUUCCUGUCAGCAUGGAUGCUCGGCAGUGAAGGUCUCCCGUGUCACCAGCACACGCACACGGGUCAGAGCUUUUAGAGGUAUUCUUUAGACUCUCAUCUUAUCCUUUCUGAUGAAACGGUAGAUAAAUCCAAGGGUAAAACACUGCCAGUCCAACAAAAAAUGCUGGAUUUUAUAUUCAGAGAAUGGAAGAACCCUGAGAAAAGGGCUUUUGUCUCCAGACAUUUUAAAAGUAUUGUUAAAAUAGAGGAGGAAGAUAAAUGGGAAGAAUUGCCGGUGGUUGAUGUACAAGUGGCUCAAUUGUCUAAAAAAAAAAACUACCAUACCUAUUGGUGAAGUUUCUGGUCUGAAAGACCCUAUGGAUAAGAGGGCUGAAACUUCCAGCAGAAGGGCUUAUCAGGCUGCAGGUUUUCAGGCUAAAGCGGCUUCAGUGGUGAGAGCUCAGAAUCUUUGGCUUAACACUUUGGAAGAUGGUCUGGGUGAUAACCAAGACAAAGGUCUUUCCCUCUUGUUCCAGAAUUUAAGGUUGUCUAAUGAGUACCUUAUGGAUAUUGUCACGGAGGUGAUAAAGCUUUCGUCUCGUGUCAUGGGUUUGACAUCUGUGGCCCGAAGGGCACUGUGGCUUAAGGCCUGGACAGCAGACACUGCAUCAAAAUCUGCAUUAUGUGAACUGCCUUUGGAGAAGAAAAAGUUGUUUGGUUCUCCUUUAGAAGAGUUAAUCCGACAAAUGUCGGAAACCAAGAAGGCCCUGCCUCAAGACCAGAAAUAUGCCUGGAAACCCAGGUAUAGAAAUUUCCAGUUCAAAAACCGUAGGGGUUUUCAAGCAAAACACAGGUUUUUUUCGUCAACAAAGAAAAAAUCCAAGAUUUGACACACAAAAAGACCUUAAGUCUGACAGAAACAAACGUUUCUGGCGCCAUCAGAGUGGGCGUAAGGUUGCAAGGUUUUGUUCACAGAUGGAGGGAGACCACUACAAAUCCAUGGAUUCUGAAUCUGGUGCAAAAUGGAUGUCGAAUAUAAUUCUUAGAUGUUCCAAGACCAAGUUUCCUUGUCUCCUCCUACCGGUCGAAGUUAAAAAACCAAGACCUUUCUUCUGCCAUGGUCUCCCUAUUAAGAAAAGGUGUGGUAGAAAUGGUUCCAACUUCCCAAGUAUAUCAAGGGGUAUAAUCCAGGUUGUUCCUAGUCCAAAAACCGGACAUGUCUUUUCGUCCAAUCUUGGAUCAAAAAAAACCUGAACAAACUCAUUCCUUACCAACAUUUCAGAAUGGAGACUAUAGCGUCUGUCACCCAUAUCCUUUGAAAAGGAGAUUUCAUGGCAACUUUGGAUCUAAAGGAUGCCUACCUGCAUAUUCCUAUGGAUGGGAAAUCAAGAAAAUACCUGAGGUUUGCUAUAAGGAAAGGGAAAAAGGUCCAUUUCCAAUUCAAAGCCCUUCCAUUCAGGCUAGCUUCAGCACCCAGGAUUUUUACAAAGGUCCUCACACCGGUCACCACUUUUUUAAGGAUGCAAGGAAUCACAGUAGUACCUUACUUGGACGACUGGUUAAUAAAGGCAGAUUCAAGAGGCGCUCUAGAGUCAGAUGUGGUCUAUACGCUAGAAAUCCUGGAAGAACAUGGUUGGAUUAUCAACCUAGAAAAAUCACACCUUACCCCUACGAGGUCUAUCCUGUCUCUAUGGUUUUUGAUCAAGUUAGAGACUGUCGGUUCAUCUGAAAAAAGGAUAAAGAUUUUAAUAAAAAAAACCUUCUUCGGAUGUCAGAAUGUUUGUUUGGUGAGGCAAGCCAUGCAGGUUAUAGGUCAUCUGACCUCUACAAUCCCUGCAGUAAAAUGGGCCAGAGCGGAAUCAAGGCCCUUACAGUGGGAAAUUCUUGUCCAAUGGUCAAAGAAGGAAGAAGACUUGGAUGCAUUAAUGAGUAUAUCAGAUCAUACAAAAGAAAAGAUCUCUUGGUGGCUAGAGGAAAAAUUCAUUAGAGAAGGCCUGUCUUUUUGUCAAAAAUCUUGGAUCGGGAUUUCUACAGACGCUUCAAAUACAGGUUGGGGAGCUCACCUCCUGUAUCACUUAAGACAAGGUGUUUGGUCGAAAAAGGAAACAAAGGAAUCUUCAAAUUUCAGGGAGUUGUUGGCAGUUCUCUAUGCUCUUUAGCAGUUCAAGAAUUUCAUUAUAGGAAAAGCUGUAAAGAUCCAGUCGGACAAUCAGACCACAGUCUCCUACCUAAACAAACAAGGCGGAACAAGAGUAAAAAAAUUGUAUUUCCUUUGCUCACGGAUUAUGUCCUGGGCUCAAUGUCAUCUAGACGACAUUUCCGCCAUUCACAUUCGAGGAGUAGACAACGUGGUAGCGGAUGAUUUAAGCAGAUCAAAAUUUUCCCAGAACGAGUGGUCUCUCAAUCCAGAAAUUUUCACUCAUUUGGUGAAGAGAUUCGGUCUGCCAGUCAUAGACCUUAUGGCAAGAAGAUCAAAUGCAAAAGUAAGAUUGUUUGCCUCCCUCUUCAAGGUAGACAAGCCGCUUGUAAUGGAUGGUCUUUCGAUCCGGUGGGAGUUUCCCCUUGCUUACAUUUUUUUCCCCUAGUGAGCCUUGUCCCAAGGAUUCUGCAAAAAGUAACAUCAGAUCAAGCUUGUAUUUUGGCCAUAAUACCGUACUGGCCAAACCGCAGCUGGUUCUCAGUUUUAAAGAUGGCUUUAAAGUACUGGAUUCUCCCGGUAACACCGGAUCUUCUGGAAAACCAGGGAAUUCCAGUAGAAGUAUUGAACAUGUUCAGGUUGACGGCUUGGCUGCUGCACGGCUAAUUCUGCAUAAUAGGGGCAUUAAAGAAGAGAGUUACUGUGUCAGUUACUGUUAAAUUCUACCAGAAGCUCUACUUCUUCUAUCUACUUAAAAAUUUGGACGAGAUUUCUUCACUGGUGCAUAUUUCAUCGUUGCAUAGGAUCCUCUCCUUCUACUGAUGCUAUCCUUCAUUUUUUGCAAGAUGGUCUUGCUCAAGGUUUUAGUCUGUCUAACCUCAAGGUCCAAGUUUCUGCUCUCAGUCAUUUUUUGGUAAAAACAAAUUGGGCUUCUGAUCCUCUCAUUAGGAUAUUUUUAAAAGGUGUUAGACUCAUAAAGCCUCCUAAGAAAAUCUGUAUUCCAUCUUGGGAUUUGUCUUAAGUUUUGAAAUCUCUGUGUACUGAGCCUUUCGAACCUUUUGGAAGAAGCUUCAUUGAAGAAUCGGUCCCUGAAAACAGUGUUUUUGGAGACCCUUUCUUCCUCUCCUGACUUUACAAAACUUCUUCUGGAUUAAAGUGGUUAUGUACCCUAAGCCUUCCUUUCUUCCAAAAGUCAUCUCCUCCAAGGUUAUCAACCAACCUAUUUUUCUUCCUUCCUGUAAUGGUCCAUGUAUGCCAGAUUGGAAAUUUGAUUGGAGCCAACUAGAUGUGGGUAGGUCUCUGAAAAUCUACUUGGACCGCUCCUCUACGUAUAGGAUGACUGAUCAUCUAUUCGUGAAUUUCUUUGGAAAAUUUAAAGGACUAGGCCACUUUAGCUAGAUGGCUGGUGGAUACUUUUUAAUUAUUAAAUUAUUCUUCCUCGAAUCUACCUCUGCCUGCCUCCUUAAAAGCACAUUCUACUAGAGCCAUGGCUGCCUCUUGGGCCGAAAAAGCAUGUGCCUCUCCGGAAGAUAUCUGCAAGGUGGCUACCUGGUCUUCUUUCAACACUUUUGUCAAGCAUUACAGGCUAGACAUAUUCUCUGCCUCUGAUGCUGAUUUUGGGCACAAGGUGUUACAAGCUGUUAUUGCCUAAAUUCCCGCCCUUAGUAUGGGAUCUCGAUAUAUCCCUAUUGUACUGCCACCAUAUGUCAGGAAAAACUGUAAUUUUACUCACUGUAAAUUCCUUUUCCCUUAAUAUGGUGGCAGUAAAUCACUCCCUCCCUGUGUGUGUGUGUGUAUAUGUAUGUGUGUGUGUGUGUGUGUGUGUGUGUGUGUGUGUGUGUAUAUAUAUAUAUGUAUAUAUAUAUGUAUAUAUAUGUGUAUAUAUAUAUUUAUUUAUAUAUAUAUAUAUAUAUAUAUAUAUAUAUAUAUAUAUAUAUAUAUAUAUAUAUUAAUUUUGGGUAUUCUAUGGAUUCACUGAGGUGUUCUUGGUACAUACUGAGGUUCCUGGGCUGAUUGGGUCUCUUAUACCUGGUAAGGGGAGGUACUUUUUAUGUUAAUUAUUUAUUUCAGAUGCUUGUCCCAAGGGAAGAGUACAUCCCUAUUGUACUGCCAUCAUAUUAAGGAAAAAGGAAUUUAGGGUGAGUUAAAUUACAGUUUUCAACUAUAAGGCCAAAGUAGCCUAACUGAAACCACAUAUGACACUAAGAACUGGAAACAUAUCUGACUUUUUCCAGUUUGGCUACUUUGGAUUCAAUUUUUAACUUUACAUAGAAUUCCCAACAAUUCUAACUUUAGUGAAUAACCCAAAAUUGAAGAUUGCACUUGAGUACAAACUUUAGAGUAAACACUCACUGUUCAAGGAACACCCCAUGCACACAUAACUACAGCUCUCCCAUUCUUUAGUUGUGGUAAUAGUGCUUUGGAUGUUUUCUUAAUCUACUUCUAGUGUGGCAGCUCUAUUAUUUUGCAUUAAUAUGCCUCUAAAGGCUGUCAGUCAGGCACUUCACACUAAAGACUUUUUAGUAACUUAAAGUUUUCACCUACAGAGUCAUCACAACUACCACAAUGACACUAAAUGAUGAGAAUUUCUUGCAAAUUUUAAAACAUAAAAAUUCUUUAAGCUGACUUUGUUUUCACUUGGGCUCCUUUUGGCCUUAAAUCUAAAAAAAUCAGUUUGAAUUCCUGACAGUUCACAUAUCUGUGAAUAAUCCUGAAGUUAUACAGCAAUUUGUAGUGAAUAGAAAACUGUAUUGCAAAAUAACUGAGUUGAUCCAGCUCUUGCAAAGCAGUUUCCAGUUCAAUAGUCUGUAUUUACUGGAUACACUGCACAGAGGAGGAUAACAGUCUCCUGCAUAAUUUGUUACUAAGGCACUAUAUCUUACACCAACAAAUAGCGUACACAAAUGUAGUAUACCACCAUUUGUGCGAGCUAUUUGUUGGUGUAUAUAGCCCUUGCUGUUUAAUAUAUUUUACACACCUUUAACAAAAAAAAUAAUAAUAAAUAAUUUCUAAUUAAUGUAAAUUUUAAGUGUUUGUUCAGGAUAACUUAUGUACAUUUUCAGAAAACUCACUUUUUCCCCCCUAAUUUUAAUAGAAACUGAUGUGCAUAAAUCCCCUACUCUUCGAUGUCACUGAUGUUCUGUUAAGCCCUACACACCAUCAUAUUGCACUGAUUGGAGCCAAAGGUGUGAUGGUUCUUGAGAUUCCUGAACGCUGGGGAAAGAACUCUGAAUUUGAAGGUGGUAAAACCGUUGUAAACUGCAGGUGAAUAACUAUAAUAAUAAUAACUAGUAUUUAUAUAGCGCCUUUCACAAAUCUACAAAUGUAUAAUGAAAUCAAUGGGAUAAAAAUUUACCCUGUUUUUUAAUGCUUUUUUAAAAAAAAUGCGAAAUAGCAUACAAAAACUAUUUCCUUUUCGACAUUGAAUCUUUAAUCACAGGUAUGGAUCUCCCCCAAUUCCUAAUGUGGGUCCCCAAAAAACAAAGACCAUUGCUGAAAACGUCCUGCCCGGCAAUACUUAACCUACUACACAUAUGGGAUCAAUCUAGGCAGACAUAUGAGCUCAGUACACUUCCCACCCCUAUGACACCACUACUUCGCAAUAAUGAAUUUCCACCUGGAAUAAGAGCCAGGUACUACAAAGGGAUAGUGGCUAAGGGACUCCAGAGAUAUGUCCACCUCUGUUAACAAAGACAUUGUCACAUAUGAACAUCUGCGUUCCAUUCGAGCGAUUACUUUCGAUAUCUCCAGGUCUGUAAUUUUGCGCAGAGCUUCGUGCACCAGGCAUCAAAAAGAUGACUUGCUUCAAAAAACAACCCAAACUAAAUUAACUUCUAUAACUAGAUCAGUGCUGAUCUGGGUGAUUCGGAUGCACUGCGAUACAUAAAGAGAUGGGAGGCCGAACUAGGGUAGGUGUUAGAGGCUUCAGAUUGUCAAGAUAUUUGGGAGGCCAGCGCUAGAGUAUAUAUUUGUGUGACCAUCCAGGAACAGUCUCAUAAAACCUUAUUUUGGUGGUACACAACCCCGGUUAAACAAUACCACAUGAAGCUAAGUCCGACCGACACUUGCUGGCAUCUAUGUGGGGCAAAGGGAGACUGCAUCCACAUGUGGUGGGCCUGCCCGAACGUAUCAGAACUGGCAUAAAGUAGUAGAACUAAGCUCACAGGUAUUGCAGAGGAAACUGACCCAUGGGCCUGUUUACUCUCUAGGCCAACAGAGGGACUGACUAAUAUCAAACAAAAGCUACUGAGUAUGAUUUACCUAGCAGCUCGUAGAGCAUUAGCUCAGACAUGGGCCAGCCCAGAGAUACCCAUGCUCUUCCUGGUGAUCGCCAAAAUUAAAGACAACUAUUGUCAUGGUGCCUGGUCUGCACCUCAGUGUGAUUGCACCUGAUCGGUACGGUCACACUAUCACAGUGCUCGAUUGGCACCACAGUGUGGCCGCGCCUGGUUGGCACGGUCGCACUAAAGGAGGCAGAGGUUACUCACCUCACCCCCAGAGCCUCUCCCUCCAUGCAGCUUGUGGAUAGGCAGCCGGGUCCAGCGUUGGGAGGGAUGCCGACCGAUGCAAAACGGUGCUAAUUAAUAACGCCGCCCACAAUGACGUCACUAGUGAUGUGAACGUGCGUGCAGCGUCACGUUUUUGCCGUGCACGCACUUUCUGGGGUCAUAGGACCCAAAUCAGCCAAUAGCAGGAUUUACUGGGUUAUUUAAACCCAAACCUGCAGUUGUUCAGAACCCUGUCGUGGUUUCCAUCCUGUUGGUUAUCUGAGAGCACGUUUCUGAUUCUGAUUAUUGGUUUUUGAUCUUGACUUGAUUUUCCAUAUUUUCUGGUAUCCCUGACCCUUUGGCUUUGUUCUUUCCGUAUUUAUUCCUUUCUGUAUUCCUGACCUCGGCUUGUGACUGUUUAUUCUCUUAAAUUCCGGCCAUUCUAAGGCCCGGUAAUAUGUUGUUACAGUUUGUUUUAAAUAUCUUUAUUGGUGUCAUCUCAGAGGCUUGGUAUACUAUUGUACUUUUACUGUAACGUUUAGUCGCCUUCGCAGAGGCGUAGUUCUCAUUGCAUCAAUCGUAACAUUUAGUUGCCUGAGCAGAGGCAGUUUGAUCAUGUCAUUUGCGGCUUUAUCAUCUGACAUCUAGCGUGUUGUGUGUGGUUUUGCCUGUGUGUGUGUGUUGUUCGGUGGUAAUGGUGUGUAUUCUGGUGCAUGUUUUGGGUCUUGUCGUGUGUUGUAGCGCUUCUUGGUCUGGCUCAUUCUUAAGGCUGUGUGUGGUUGAUUUUUUUGUGUGGAGGUGUGGUGUGAGUGCUUGUAGCGUAUUGAGCGUCUGGGUUGCUGUCACUUAUUUGGCGUCUUUCCCGCCUACCCCCGCAGUGGCCCCUCUCGUCUUUGUCUUAUUGUAUUGCUUGGUGUCGUGGUUUUUGCGGGGUCCUCUGGGGUCUAGUGGGUGGCACGGUGUCUGUGUCAAGUGGUUUUGCAUCCUCGAGUUGUCGCUGUGUAGCUCCUUUGGUUGGGAUGUUUCCAUUACUUCGGUCUUGCGUUUGACAGUUGUGUUAGUGUGUCUGGUUUUUUUGGGGGGGGGGGAGGGGGGGAGAGGGGGUGUUGCUCAUACCCCAUGUGGUCGUGUUGGAUGUUUGAGGGGUUGUUUGUGCUGCGCCGUCGUGUCUUGUUCGGUCCGUACUCGUCUGCUAUAGUCUCUCGGAUUGUUCUCUGGUGUCUGUGUUGUGUGUGGGUAUCGUCUUAGCGGGUGAUUGCGGUUUUGUUAUGUGUCUUUUUCUUCUCUUUGUCCGGUAAUGUGGUCUUCUCUUGUGUCUGUGGUCGUUUGUUUGAGUGUGUUAGUGUGUGUGGAAGGGUCCUGGGGGAGUGGAUGAGGGGUUGAGGGUUGGUGGUUAGUUAUCUUGUCUCCCGUCACCGCCUCGGUUCGCCCAGCCCUGCAGCCUCCUGAACCCCCGCCUGGGUCUAUCAUUCUCUCACACGUUCCUCUUGCGGAGAUUAUGGUGUGAGGUGACUUUGGAAGGACGUUGUUACUGUUCGUGUUUGUUACGUGUUUUACUUAAUGCUGCAUGUUGGGCCACUGAUUCGUCCUGACAACUACCUGAUGGAUAAACUCACCUCACCGGUACAAAACACCACUAAAAUUUUCCAGAAAGUGUUGGACCUAUGUGAACAAUAUAACGAAAAAGUAGUAAGUUACGAAUCACCCAACAGGGAUAAAGAGCAUAGUCAGCCUUUUGAAAUGCGGCCUCCCGGUAUUGUGGAACUUUUAUUUUUCUAUGUAUUAUUUGAAUAACGUGUAUGUUAAUACUUGUUCGACUACCGCUGUCUGAUACCAGUAACAUGCGUCUGAAAUGAAGAUAGACACAAUGGAACAACCAUGAUGCCUAAACCUCACACGAUGAAAGAGCAUGAAACCGACAUAAGGUUUGCCAUAGGUUAAACAGUUUAAAAAAAAAAAAAAAGGUUGUCAACUGGUAAAAUUGACUCUCACUUUAGUGAAUAACAUUGCAAGUGUCAUUUAACCCCUUCAGGACGGAGUCAAUAGUACACGUUCUGAUCAAAACAAAACGUAAACAAAAACUGGAAUUUGCGCUAUAUGUCUGUUCAACUGUAAUUCGCCGCUGUCACAUUAAGUGCACCCACACUUAUUAUAUAUCAUUUUGUUCAGGAGAAACAGGGCGUUAAUUUAUCAUUAACUAUUCAUAUAUGGAUCAUAAUUUAUUAUGAAUAAAAUUAAAAAAAAUGUGAGAAAAAAUAUAUAUAUAUUUUUUUUUAUUUGUAUUUCCGUCUGACAUUUUAGCUGUUAAUGUCAUAAUACUGUUAGGUUUUACUGCAAACAAAUGCACAUAUUUGUAAUCAGCGAUGUCUCACGAGUACAACAGUACCCCCCAUUAACAGGUUUUAUGGUGUUUUGGAAUGUUACAGGGUUAAAUAUAGAAUGUUCCAUUUUCAAAUUGAAAUUUGCCAGAUUAGUAAUGUUACCUUUGAGACGGUGUGGUAGCCCAGGAAUGAGCAUUACCCCCAUAAUGGCAUACCAUUUGCAAAAGUAGACAACCCAAGGUAUUGAAAGUGGGAUAUGUUUAGUGUUUUUUUUUUUUUAGUAGCCACUUAGUCACAAACACUGGCCAAAGUUAGCGUUCAUAUUUGUUUUUGUGUGAAAAAAGCAAAAAACUAAUAUUUGCCCAGUGUUUGUGACUAAGUGGCUACUAAAAAGACUGGACAUACCCCACUUGCAAUACCUUGGGCUGUCAAAAAAAUGAAAUGCAAGCCUUAUAUGUGACUCUCUAACUUUAAAAAAACACCAUAAAACCUGUACAUGGGGGGUACUGUUCCCGGGAGACUUCACUAAACACAAAUAUUAGUGUUUUAAAACAGUAAAACAUAUUACAACAAUAAUAUAGUCCAUAAAAGUGCUGUUCGUUUGUAAAAAAAAAAAUGCAAAAAACUUCACUUUUACUUAAAAUAUAAUUGUAAUGCAAUUUAUCAUUUAUUUAUUUGACCCAGAUAACCUCGUCACCCUCGUUCAGCGGAAUGGGAGCCGCCCGCGCACAUCGCGAAGUACCUCGCGUUAAGGGGGCGGACCUUUAUCUAAGGAAGGGUGUAACAUGCUACAGGCGGAAUCACCAAGGCCCAUCCUUCCAGACUCAGUGGGAAAAACACCUGACGUGGACCCCCAGUUGGUCCAAUUCUUAAAAAAAAUCUGGUUGGAAGCCGAGGAAAGGCUUAGACUUUUCUCUUCGGAACUGCCAGGACAAAUUCCUGGACAAUUUGGGGCCCAUCUCUAAGCUAUAUGAGUUAGUGGAAUCUGCCCAAUCGGGCGAAAGUGACUUUGACUUUGAAGUAGCGAAAGGCUGGUUGCAGAGGUUAGUCUGCAUGGUGGGUAACGCCAAUACGGCUAUGGCAACCGAACGCCGCAAGGAGAUUCUCCUGAAAAUAGAUUCCAAACUGGUCAGUAUGGCGACCAAUGAGCCGGGCCCAGCCGCUAAAGGCUUACUUUUUGGUGAAUCUUUUUAUUAAGGAUCUUGGGCUGUACGUAAAAACAUUUAAGAGAAAUCUGAGCUUUGUCAAUUGCUGUAAGAGUAUUUGCACCUCGGGUUUUUGGAGGGGCCGGCAGAGGUAGGAGCCGUCUAUCCGGCCGUGGAUUUCAAGGCUCAUUUAGAACUGGAAUAGGCUCCUUUUAAUACCCAGAGACCGGUACCGGAGCGAAACUAUACCCCAUUCUUCCCAUCUCGGGGACACCCCUGGAACUCCCACGGACCGUGGGGGUCUGUUUCUGGCAGACGACCUUAUGGUGAGUACCGAGUAUCUCCUUUUUUCCCAUGUAAAAGUGGGGGGCAGACUGGCAUUGUUACACCAUGCUUGGAAAAUUCUAACCUCAUAUGUUUGGGUAUUAAAUACAAUACAGGAGUAUUGGAGCUAAUCUCUCACCCUACUCAGAUGCAGUUCCCUCGAGAACUGAAUAUGACCAACGAACACCACACGAUGAUCUCGGCGGAGAUCACAAAGUUGGCAUCAAAACACGCUAUUCAACAAAUCCCAUGGGACACAGGUUCGUGAGCAACCUGUUUCUGGUCCCCAAGAAAGGGGGUAUGCCCAGUAAUCAAUCUCCCACCCCUAAAUGCGUUUGUCCAAUACCACCAUUUCAAAAUGGAGGGUAUUCAUUGCCUUUGUGACAUCCUCCUACCAUCCAAUUGGAUGGUCAAAGUAGAUUUACGGGAUGCUUAUCUGACAAUCCCUAUCGCAGAAGCACAUCAAAACCUACUGCAAUUUCAGUGGCAAGGAACAAAGUGGAGGUUUCCAAAACUUAGGAUUUUUGGUGAAUUGGGAGAAAUUGGUUCUCCAACUCUCCAGAUGCAUGGAAUUUCUGUGAUUUCUAGUAGACUCUAUACAACAGAGGUUGUGUCUAUCCAAGGGCAAAAUGAUUUUGAUCAGGAAAGAGAUCAGACGACUUAUGCAUCGUACGACUAUUUCCCUCUGACAACUUGCGAGGAUCAUAGGGCUAUUGACAUUGUCCAUACAAGUGAUCUUCCCGGGGCCGUUACAUUAUCGUACCCUACAAAGGCUCAAAGCCUCAUAUCUGCGCUCUGGACACUUGUACGAAACCUGUGUUACACUGGAUGAAGAUUCCAGAGAGGAGUUGACAUGGAGGCAUGGAACGGACGGGCGAUAUUUGGGUCGACGCGAGAACUGGUCAUAGAGUCAGACGCCAGCUUACACGGCUGGGGCGCGCAUUGUGGGUCAGUUUCCACCGGUGGCAGAUGGUCCAAAGAAGAAACGUUGUUACACAUCAACUGCCUAGAACUGAUAGCGGCAUCCUUUGCCGUUCGCAGCAUGACCCCCACAGGCAUCUCAUGCUCUAUCCUAAACAAGAUGGACAAUGUCUCAGCGGUGCGUUACAUCAACCACCUAGGAGGGAUGAAUUUGAAAGUUUUGGCACUGAUGGCUCGAUAUUUUGGGCAUUAUUGCCUGAAACACAGCAUUUCGGUAAUAGCAGAAUACAUUCCAGGAUGAGAAAAUACACUGGCGGAUUGGAAUUCUCGAUGCCUUCGAGACGCAGGAGAUUGGCAUCUCCACCCAAUUAUCUUCCAACGUGUCUCUCAACUCUGGGGGGCUUUUCAAUAUAUCGACUGAACACCCAACUUCCUCGCUUCUUCAGUUGGAGACCGGACCCAGAUGCUCUGGCAACAGAUGCAUUCUUACAAGACUGGACCAAGGGCAGGAAUUACGCUUUUCCACCUUUCAACCUAAUCUCUCGGACCCUGGCAGUCCUUCGAUAUUCCAGAGGGACCCUGGCCCUGAUAACGCCGAUAUGGAGGUCACAACCUUGGUUUCCACAUUUAUUGGAAACGUCAAUAGAUUUUCCACGGCUAUUGCCGGACAUACCCUACCUCCUGACCAAUCCAGAGGGAAUGAGUCACGAAAUGACCGACCAGGGUCUACUUCAUCUGAUGACAUGGCUCAUUUCAGGAGAUCAUGGAAUCUCAAGGAGGUUUCGCAGGCGACACGCAGUCUCUUGGCACAGUCGUGGGCACCAGGUACUAGACGUUCCUACGGGUCGGCUUGGAGGAAGUGGACUGAUUGGUGCAUGGGACAAUCAGCGGAUCCCAUAUCAGCUCCUGUGAAAACAAUCCUACAAUUCCUGACUCUACUCUUUGAAGAAGGAAAAGCUUUUCGUACUAUAAACCUGUACAGAUCUGCUAUAUCGGCAAGACAUAUGGGGUUGGAUGGUACUCCAAUAGGUAAACAUGCCCUUAUCUGUCUUUUAAUCAAGGUCAUCCGAUUUGCUCGACCCCCCUCAGGUUCGAUAUUCUUCCUUUUGGGAUGUUAAUGUGAUUUUUAGUUUUCUUGAAUCUUGGCCAUUGAACCACGAACUUUCUCUAAAACAAUUGUCGGCCAAGCCGUUGAUGCUGUUUUGUUUACUGUCAUGUAAACGGGUUGCUGAUGUCAGAGCGUUAGACUGGCGUGCACACGUUUUGGUCCCGAACGGAGUAUCGUUUAAUAUUUCACGUAGGACGAAAUCCUCGACUAAGGAAGUUUUCUACCCUUCAUUUCCAGACAACACAGAUCUGUGCCCAGUGUUAUGUCUGAAAGAAUACGAGUGCCGUACGAUCUCGCUCCGUUAAGAUCAAACCCAUCAUUCAUCUCAUUCAAAGUACCUCACCUACCAGUAUCUACUCCGACUUUAGCUCGUUGGAUCAAAUGGUUGUUGUCCAUGGCAUGCAUAGACACUUCAAUUUUUUUUCCUUCACACUCUUCGCGGGGCUAUGGCUUCUAAGGCUUCCAUGAUAGGUUGUAGAUUGGAAGAUAUCCUACGAGCAGCCGACUGGUCGAAUGAGUCUACUUUUCAUAAUUUCCAUUUUCGCCCAGUGCAACAUAUUUCUAGCUUGGUGGUUGCUCAGCUUUAAAAUAGCAUAAUAGGAGCCUCUGUGUCUUUAAUAAAAUUACCAGAUUUUACUAUUAAAAUGACGUAAAGUCAUGAUUUUAUUAAUGACACGGAUGCGAGUAUUAUUCCCACCCACCCUACCCAGGGUGGUGAUUAAGUUGCAGGCCAGUCAUGGGGCUUCUUGGAUGACAUAAUACGGUACGUACAAGGUCAUACGCGGCACACAGGUGAGUAGGUAUUCGUUGAAUAUGACUUAUAUGAUACUUAUUUCGAAUUAAUAACAUGGUUGAAGAGUUCGAUAAUAUUUACAUCGAUUGAAUAACAUGGUUGAUGAGUUAAUGAUUGUGGAAUAGCAAUCACGAGAUUUUGAUAUUACCAUAUAUUCAUUUUUUUUUUUUGCUUGAAUACACAUUUGAGAAUUGGCGGUGGAAGCUGUUCACGGUUGAAUUUCCAGUUAUGGUUUUCUUUCGGGAAUUUGUGUUUCUUGUUGGAAUACCUUGGAGCUUACAAUAAUGGUCUUUGGGAUCUACACAGAAAGAGGAGGAGUCAAGGAGCACCACACCUAUAUGGAUAAUACUGGAUGCUGAUUGGUGCCACUGUUACCAGGCUAUUGUUUUUUUUCUAUGAUUCUCUCAUACUUCCUUUUCUUGCUGCUGGGAGUAUAAUAAAGAAAGAGAAUGCAUAAUACUCGCCUCCGUGCCUAAUAAAAUCAUGACUUUAUGUAAUUUUAAUAGUAAAAUCUGGUAAUUUCAGGUGCCUACAUUAGAGCUGUAGUUGGUUGUCUUAUACACUGAACAAAAUUAUAAACUCAACACUUUUGUGUUUGCCCCCAUUUUUCAUAGAUCUAAGACUUUUUCUAUGUACACAAAAGGCAUAUUUCUCUCAAAUAUCAUUUACAAAUCUGUCUAAAUCUGUUAGUGAGCACUUCUCCUUUGCCAACAUAUGCCACACCUGUGAGAUGGAUGGAUUAUCAAGAUGCUGAUUAGACAGCAUGAUUAUUGCACAGGUGUGCCUUAGGCUGGCCACAGUAAAAAGGCCACACAUAUAUUUGUGACAAGUGUUUUUUUUUUUUUAAAAACAAACACUUGUCACAAAUAUUUUCUUUGGUAUGAAAAAACAAAUGACUUUUCAUCAGCUUCAGUACUCACCUCUGCACCUAAUCCACCCAUUUUUGCCCAGCUCUUAGUUCCUUGUUAUUGUUGGGUAUUGUUCAAUCUAACACUUAAUGACAAAUCUCUACUCCAAAACUUUUCAAAGAGAUGAAUAAUUUAUUGAGAUAUAGGAAUUCUUAUUAAAAAAUAAAACACCACAAAAAAAAAUCAUGAACUAUUUAGGACCAAGACCCAUUUAGUACCAUGUUAGGUCAGCUGCCAUUUCAAGUAUUUUUAUCUGUCCAUUAAAUGGUGACAUGGUCUACAAAGCCAUUUUAGACUAAUGCUUAUCGUACAUGAUUAAGGCCUCCUGGCCGAAACAUCGCAUCUUUGUUUUGUCUCCUGGACUAUAAUUAAAUAUACAUUAUUCUUCACUGUGUAGCCUGUGACUCUAUUCUUCUUGAUUUAUAUUAGGGCAUAGCAGACCUCCCCCGCAGAGCUCCGAUGUAUCACGAUACCAGUGUGCAGCACUCCACUACCUGGUAAAAUGCUUACCUUGUCUAUUCAGCCACUGAAUGAGGUUGUUUAGGACGUGGUUUCCUCACUACCAAAUUUAAUUAAUGUCUAUUUUUACUCGCUCCAGCCACAAACAAAAUUACACUGAGCAUUAUAGGAGUCCAACAGGGAAAGGUAACACAUUGAAUUCAAAUUGAUGGAACAUAAAUUCUCAACAGAAUGACUUGUAGUUUUUUUUUUCUUUUUUUUUCUCCCUACUAACUUUUGCACUUUGGAAAAGUAAAGGUAAUUUGCUUUGACUUUUGAAUGGUUGUUAGCCUAUGAGAUAUAAUGGCAAGUGUAACACUUGUUACUAAAGUUGAAUAAUAAGGUUUUUUAUUUUGUGUUUGAAUACUUUAAUUUAUGUAUUUUUUUUUCACCAGGACAAUCCCAGUAGCAGAAAGAAUUUUCACCUGUUCCACAUCCCUAAUUCUAAAGCAGGCAACCUGGUACCCUAAUGAGGCACAGGAACCUCGUUUAAUUUUACUUGCAUCAGAUAACACAAUAAGGUAAAUAUGUAAAUCAUUAUUAUAUCUCUAAUGACAUUUACUUAAAAACUUCAGUAUUUAUUUAUAUUUUGUGUGUGUUUCAAUAAAACCCAGCACGUUGCAGUUUGUUUACUAAUCUAAAGAUAUUGGGCAAUAGUGGGUGUUUGUGGGAAACUAAAAUUUGUUUUGUUGUAACAGUUUACAUAAUUAAUAUGCCAUGAUUUUUGCAAGCAUAUCUUUACUAAUAUGUUGCAUUUAAAUAUAUCUUGUCUCGUAGAAUAUACAAUUUUCAAGAUCCCUUGACUCCUGAAAAGGUUAUCAUCCUCUCUAAUUCUGAUGAAGAAUCUGACCUUCCAUAUAAUGGGUAUGCAUACUUACAUGUACACUAAAUCAACUGGUAAAUGUGUUUUGUAAGCUUCGAAUGUAAACAUUUUUGAUCCAGUCAGGUCAGCAACUACAGAGAAACCGUAAAAAAAAAAAAAAAAAGUGAAAAGGCGCUCAAUGUGAAACAAUUAUAUAAAAAUGAAAACGAAGAAUAGCUGCAAAGACUCUCUAAAAACUGUAAUUUCUCUAAAUAGUCAAAUAAUACCAUAAAGAAAACAAAUAGGGGUCCUUUUCCCAAAAUUAUGCUUUUUGGUUUCCAAAAUCUUCCAACAUGCUGAAAACAUGUAAAAAAAAAUAAAUAAAUAAAAUACACUAUAUAAUGCAAGCAAGAUGUGGAAACCUUAUACAGUUGCAAGAAAAAGUAUGUGAACCCUUUGGAAUGAUAUGGAUUUCUGCACAAAUUGGUCAUAAAAUGUGAUCUGAUCAUCAUCUAAGUCACAUCUAAGUCACAACAAUAGACAAUCACAGUCUGCUUAAACUGAUAACACAAAAAGAAUGAAAUGUUGCCAUGUUUUUAUUGAACACACCAUGUAAACAUUCACAGUGCAGGUGGACAAAGUAUGUGAACCCCUAGACUAAUGACAUCUCCAAGAGAUAAUUGGAGUGAGAUGUCAGCCAACUGGAGUCCAAUCGAUGAGAUUGGAGGUGUUGGUACUAAAUUGUUUUUUUAGGCCACUACAGAGAUUUAAAGAUAUAGAAAAUGUCUUGCCUUUCAUUGGUAAGUGGAAAUGGAGUCCUGACAAGAGAAUGCUAGAUUACCCAUGCUGCAUAGCUCAUAUGGAGCCGCCAGAUAGUGGGUAGUAAUUGCUUACUAGUGAUGUGAGUGCUACUGCAUGAAGCCAGAGUUUUUGUUGCAGAAAAACACCGCUAUCUGGCAGCUUGCCAUGCUGUAUUGUAGCAUUGCAUCUGAAGUCAUGCAAUUCUGAUGUGAGACUUUUCAGAACUGUAUGUAAUAUAAGCACGGCUCUGUGGACAGAGGAGAAGAGGAUCAUUGGAGGUCUGACAUGUUGCUGUAUUUUCCCAAUGUUACUUUAGGCUAGCUAAUAGGGUAAGCAUUAUAGUAUCCAUAAUAUAUCAGUAAUAACUUCAGCAGCAGUUCUCUAACCAGUUUGAGACCUGUGCUAUUCUAUAUAAUCAGAAUCUGAAUGUUUUAACAUUUAAUAUUAGCAGGACUUAUAAAUGCUGUUGGUGGCUAAAAAGUAACAGUCCAGGCUACUAUAGAGUCUGCAUGGACCACAUUGCCACGUUGCAUUGACUGUCAUUGGUUCUUAAUAUCUAUUCAGGACAUUCUAAGAGAUUUACAUUUGUUUACAUUUAGAAAAGCCAUGUUCUGUUACGAUUGAGAUAUUAAUAGCAAUACGACUGACUGUUGUCCAAAAACUGCUUCAAUAAGUUGCAUUGGUGCUUAUAGAUCACACCCAUGCAGUCUCUCUGCCCAGUUCUCUAUUUAAGAGUUAUCACUUUGUUUAUGCAGCUACCAUCACACCUGCCCUGACUGAGGCUCAGAAAUGUGAAUAAAUAAGUAUUUAGGUGGUGGGACGCAAAACACACCCAAUAGAAAUGUUUUUCACCUGAAUAUUGGGAAAAGUCACAUGUUUCUAGUUUCAUGUUUUUAAAGUUCAUUUGUAUAGGAUAUCCUUGUAUUUGUAAACUGAAUCCUUUGUUGGCAAUUCUGUUUUUAUUCCUCCUAUGUUUAGUAUCAAUAUUUAAAGAAAAUUUAUCGUGUGGACGAAAAGCUUAAAUAAUGAGUUUCUACUUGCAGGCGAUCUUACAAAGCUUCUCUUGGAGAAACUGCAGUUGCCUUUGAUUUUGGCCCACCAACAGCAGUUUCUAAGGCAUUUGGUCUAAAAAGCAAACAGGAAACUCUGGCUUACCCACUGUACAUCCUUUAUGAAAAUGGAGAGACCUUCUUGCUGUACAUGGACUUACAGAAUAGGUAGGAUAUAAUAUUCUACAGAUGUAUGGGAAAGCCAUUUUGGUCAGUGCUGUCCAUUUUAUUAGAGCAUUUGUAUAAAUUAGAUGCAGGGUUUUUUGAUAUUAAAUUAAUAGAGACACGUUUAAACCGUAAGCGCCAUAAAUACUUUGCAUUAUUGUAAAACAAUUUCUUCUGCUAAGCACAGUCCACUAGGGCCAUCAAUCAUGCAGCCCAAAACACUUCGUUUUGGUUUGUUCAAAUGCAUUUUGUUGUCAUUGGUGCAUGAGUGGAAAGCUGUGUGCAGUCCAUGGCUAAGCCAAUGCUAAAAUGCAGCCAUGUUUACCGAAUAGUAAUAGUGUAUAAACUGAUGGCGGCUACAUUAUAGCUGCUAUCUGUUUAAAGUGCAGUUCCUAUGUGAUUAUUUGAACUGCUUUGUGUUGAUAAACUACUUAUCUCAUGUUUUCUUGCUAAUUUUUUAAUUAUGGAUUAUGAUCUGCCUCAUAGACCAUAAUAAGACUGAUUGGAGUAUCUGGAGGAAUCUGCCUGCAUCCGGCAUAUUAAAAAUAUGUGACUCAUUUGAUAGAACUUAUUUUCCAAUAAAUUGUUUGCAUUAACUAUAUAAUGAAACAAAAUUAUGAAUAGACAGUACUUUCGUAUAAUAAAGUAUAUGCUGGAAAUAUGAAGAUAAGUAUUAAUUUAAACACCCGUUAACUGGUGGGAUAUUAUCAAAAGUCUCUUAUUUCUAAAAAUAUUUUUGUUGGUAGACUAGAUGCAUAUAUUCUGUUUUAUAUAAAGGCCAUCUAUCCAUUUUCUAUUCCAGUGCUGCUAAUGUUGGCAAACUGCUGGGCCCACUUCCUAUGCAUCCCGCGGCUGAAGAUAACUAUGGCUAUGAUGCCUGUGCUGUACUUUGCUUACCCUGUGUACCGAACAUAUUGGUCAUUGCCACAGAAUCGGGACUCCUCUACCACUGUCUGGUGCUGGAAGGGGAGGAAGAUGAUGAUCAGAUGGUAUGGAAAAAAAAAAAAAAAUCCCACCUAACUUAAUCAGCUUGCUCUUUUUUUUUUUUUUUUUUCUUACUAAACUGCAAAUUUUGCUAAAUAGCAUUGUAGUGGGGCUUACACUUUAAAAAAAUAAAUAAUAAAAAAAAUUAUAUAUUGAUAUGAAGUUACAUCAGUGCUCUUUCUAAACUUCCACCCCAUUUCAAUCCAGCCUUUCCUUGUAAUUGUUUAUACUUCCUUGCAGUUGGAAAAGUCGUGGAAUUCCAGCUCAGACCUGAUCCCCUCACUGUAUGUGUUUGAAUGUGUUGAACUAGAGUUGGCAUUGAAGCUUCCAACAAAUCAGGAGGAGUCAACUGAAUCAGACUUUGCGUGUCCUAUCAAACUACACAGAGGUAGAUAUUCUAAUUAUAACAGUUAUAAUCUUUUUAAUUUUGUAUAAACAGGCAUAGAACACUGUAUUGAAGGCCUUUCCAAAAAAAAGUUAAAUGGUGAAACAUACAAAUGUGGAAAAAUGUGGCGUUUGCACACGAUAGAGGAAAUAUGAUAUACAUUUUCAUCCUAAAACAGAAUUUUGGUAUUAUUAAUUUAAAACACACACACUCUCACACGUGAUUGGUGCAUGUAGCAAAUUUUUUACUGCACCUAACCCAUAUUUACUUUUAUGUUAUAUUGGAUAGUUUACAUAUUUGGCUCCGUAGUUUAAUUUGUAAUAUUUGGGUUUUGAACUGCUUUAAAAAAAAAAAAAAGGAUUUCCAGAAUAUAAUCUUCUUUAUUCUAAAUAACAUCAACGUUUCAGCUCCCUUACAGAGCCUUCAUCAGGAUACACAAACUACAUUAAAAUGAAACCAGCUUAUAUAGGACAUAUAAUACAAACUAGAUUAAAGGGUAUUCACUUACAGGUGAUCCUCAUUUCUGUUUGCCGCCGGGUUCGCCUAGGUCGCCGUCCUGCUCGCAUUUACUUCGGGGUUCCGACUUGUGUAUACAAGCUCGGCGUCACACGUCGGUGGGGCAACCAUAGACGCUUACGUCUCUCUGGCUGCUCCCGCGUGUACAGGCGCCGAUUUGAGUCAAGCUUCAUACCUACUCAGUUUGAGCGUGAUGUUGCCAUGACGAUCAUGGCGCACCCCGGCGGUUAAAAAGGAAAUGACAGGAUAGUAUAGCAUAUAUUCAACAGGAGAUCUGCAGCCAUUGGUAGAAAAGAUGAUCUAGAUGAAGACACCCUAAUAAAUAAAGUUAAUAAUGAUAAACCUAUUUACAUCAGUGGAAAUAAAAAGUGCAAUUAUUUGUAGAAAAAUUUCCUAUUAUAUAUCUAUUUUCAACAAUCAAAUUAGACCACGAACUUCAAUACAGGGAAGGAGGACAAUCAAUCCUCUUGCUUAGAGUGUGUUGUAAAGAUUAUUCAAAUAUGUAUAAGUGUAAAAGGCAAUGCAUAUAAAGGUGAGACAGUGGGUGUUUGUGCCCAAAGUGUCUCCCCCAUGAAAUUAAAAGGGGAUCUGGUAAAAUCUGUGUCAGAGUGAAAGAAAGUAUUUAUAUAGAAUCCCUCAAGCUAGAAUCUAUCCUGUAUAUACACCUAAGAGUUAAUACCUAUAUGUAUCUUAUAGAUUAUUUCAAGGUUUUAAAAUUAAACCGUUAAAAGAAAGAUUUUUCUGAAUUAAACCAUGGACCAUAAAUGGGGAAACUUAUUGACAUAAUUCCCCCUAAUGGGGUAUUAAGGCUGAUAAUUAUCACGAUUACCCCAGCGGUAAUAUUAGAAAAAGAUUCCCAAAGAUGGCCCUACAGUUAACAAUUAUUUACAAGAACAUGGAAUAAGAGCACUUCUCAUUUAGGCCUCUAGGUGACAUUGUUCCCAACUGGAAAAUCCAAUAGGCCUCUCUUUGUAGUAAGAGUUUGCCUCUGUCUACCCCCCGGGCCGGAAUGGGAAUGUGCUCAAUUGCAACACAUCUGAGGGCUGACAAUUGAUGUUGAAAUUCCAGGAAAUGUCUGGCCACUGGUUUAUCUGACUUGCCAUCACGAUAGGCAAGCCGUAUACCGGACCUAUGGCCUCUAAUUCUCUCACAGAGUGCCGUCUGUGAGGCCACAUGGGCACGUUAUUUUUGUAAAUAAGAAAGUCAGUCCGGCAGUGAAUCCGUUGUUGGAUUUUGUAUAGCUUGCCUGUGUAGGGAUGAGAAAAGGUUUUGGAAGGGAUAAUGUGACCACACGUCACACACCCCCAAACACCUUACACAUCCAACAUUUGUCUCUACUUUUUUGACAGAGCUAUAACAAUGGUGUGGGUCAGUGUUGACCAGUAAGUCCUUUAUAUUCUUGUUGCGUCGAUAACAGAACAUGGGCUUUUGUUGGAAGAUCUCUGGGAGGGAUGGAUCCAGUUCCAGUGUUUUCCAGUUAUUCCGGACUGAUUAAGUCAAUUCUGAGCUGGCGGUGUUAAAGAGUAUCGGGAAGAUGGGUCUAAUGUUAGCCAUCCUCUAAGGUUGGGAGGAGGGAGAUCAGUAGGUUGUUUUAGCCUUUACUAAGGCUUGGUCUAAGACAUUCCGAGGGUACCCCCUAGCUUUAAAUUUGCUAUACAUGAGGAGGAGUUGUUGUUCUCGUUGUUCACUAAGAGAAUUAUUACGAAAUACCCGUAAAAAUUGAGAGUAUGGUAGUGACUGUUUUAGAUGUUUGGGAUGGAAGCUCGGAAAGUGUAAUAUUGUUUUCCGAUCCGUUGGCUUGGAAAAGAGUUUAUACUCUAAUUUCUGAUUUGCAAACAUAAUUUUCAAGUCCAAAAAUUGGACACUGUGCUCAUUGAUAGUCGCAGUCAUUUUCACCUGUGUAGGUAAAUUGUUCAAAGCAUGUACAAAUUGUAGAGCCUCCUCUUUGGAGCCAUUCCAUAGGAUUAGGAUGUCAUCAAUGAAUCUAAAGUAAUGGGUAAUCUGAUUAUAACAUGAAAGGAUAUGUUGUGUCUCAUUCAUACAUGAAGGCAUUCGCAUACAUUGGGGCCAUUGCCGCCCCCAUUGAAGUACCUGCCAACUGUAAUGACCAAUCUGUUUCAAAUCGAAAAUAGUUGUUCUGUAAUGCGAUGCCUAAUAGUUCUAAGACAAAUUCAAUCUAGGGACCCUGGUAGUAUGGAGAAUGUAUGAGGAGAUUCCUCAUGGCUUCUAUCCCUGUUUCAUGCGGGAUAAUGGUAUACAAGCUCCCAACAUCCAUGGUAAUAAGGAUGCCAUUGAAGGAUUCGACUUGGUUAAGAUGUCGUAGUAAAUCAGGAGUGUCCUUGAUACACGUAUCGAGAGCUGUGACCGGAUCUUUAAAAAAAAAAAUCCAGAUACUUCGCUAUCGGCUCCAAUAUCCCCUGAAUAGCUGAUACAAUGGGGCGUCCAGGCGGAUGUUCAAGAUUUUUAUGGAUCUUCGGGUGUGUGUAAUACUGGAGUACGAGGGUGUUUUUUCUGGAGGUAUUGGAAUAACUAAGUUUAUAUGCCUAGCUUGUAGGCCAAAAGUUAGUACGUCCUCAAUAUUCUUUGCAAUUGAAUUUGUAGGAUCCCCCUCCAGACGCAAAUAAGUCUUGGUGUCAGUUAAUUGUUGUCUUAUUUCCUCUGCAUAGUUGUUAUAAUCUAAGAUAGAUAUAUAUAUUUUAAUAUUAACAUACUCUCUAUUUCCAUUUCUAGAUGUUAGCUCAUCCCAGUACCACUGCACUCACAUGGCAGGUGUUCACAGUGUAGCACUGACCUGGCUUAGCAAACUGCAGAAAUUUCUCAGUGGAGGUGAGUUUAUUCAUACCUGCUCUGCCACAGAUGGGGACAAAUGCCACAGUACCACUAUGUAAUCUGCUAAAUUUAAAACUUUUUUGUUUCCUCUCCCCCUCCCCCCAGGUGAGGAAGAAAGGGAUAGUUUACAAGACCUGGCAGCAGAACAAAAGUCUCUCGUGGAGCACAUUCUAUGUACCAAGCCACUGCCCUGCAGGUAAUUGCAGAUUAAACUCCAUGCUGUCCACAUUCUAUUAAAGGUGCACUCUAAAUACCUUACAAAACUUUAGGUUAAUUAAGUGCUUUUGGUAUUUAGAUCAUCUUCUGUUAGCAGUGAUGAACUAGACUAGAACCUCUUUUCGGGACACUCAUUUAGGUCUGGAUCUUAAAAAAUGGCGGUACCCAUAAAUAAAUUGAGGAUACGGUUCUGGAGUGAAAGUAAAAACUGUAUUUGGUAAACGCUUAACUUUUUAUUUAAUAUUUUUGCAGUGCAUACGGUAAAUACAUACGUGCCUGAGUUACCCCAACGGCAGUCCUCUGGCUUCUUAUCUCGCUUAACAAACAGUGUAUUAGAGUAACAUGCACUAUUUUAUAGUAUAAGAAACACGCUUAAGGUUGCAUAUUGUUGGAAACAUGUUCAAAGUAGGUCAGUCAAGCUUUGUUUGUAAGGGUAGUUUUAACAUGGUAGAUGAUACGUAGUUAGGUCUGUCUAGACGUCAUUCUCAUUACAGGUUAGUGGCGUACAUAUUAUGAUGGGUCGGAUGGCUAGAGCAUAGACUAGGUUAGAUGUUUUGGGGUUUACCAAUAGGUUAGGGGACGUGGGAAAUACUACUAGCCACAGAGAUGCCACGUUCAUCACUUAAGGUACAGCUUAUGUAUAUAGGCAUCUGGUCUAAGGGUUACAUAAAACCACUUGUCACGUUCUCCCAUAUAAAAAGAAAGGGAAACAGAGAAAAGCAAAAUGGAGACACAAGGGAAAUACAGGGCACACAAGUGGGACUUUUCUUUCAACACUGUGGUUAGGAGCUUGUCACAGUGCCGCUCAGGGUGUCUGAAGAUCACCUCACCCUAUGCCCCUGACAGUCCAGGCACAGGCAUAUUGGUUCUUCUCAGGACUGUCAUGCAUCCCCUCCGGGCAGCCGCUCUGUUUGAUCUGCAUGUGGAGUGGGCCUUCCAGCCGCUGUCUCCCACUACCAUCGCUCCGGGCUUGAUAGGGGGCUAGCGCCCAGUGUCCAUGGAUCCGCCUACUUCCAGUGGCUAGAUCUCUUGACUCUGGUGUCCCCUAGGGUGUAUGGACAGCAGCCUGGUUUGUGUUCCAGAAGAGUGGCGGGAGGCUAGCAUAGCUGUGGUCUUUAGAGCGGUAGUACCCAGAGGGGUGAGUAUCCGUUUCGCCUCUGUGCUGGUGCAGUGAGUGGCCGCAGGUGCUACAGCAAUCACCGUGGAUGUUCCGUGCGGCUUAGGCUUGGCUUUGAGUGGCUGUGCUUUGCGUGCUGCUCUCAGCCGGUGUGCUGGGUACUUCUCACCUCACGGCCAUUUUGGGCCUAUGCUGUUGGGCAUAGAGCUGCAUCCUCUCUUCCAGGUUGCGCCAGAAAGUUGCAAAGGCUCUGUCCAGUCUGACCUCGAUGUCUUCCCGUACUGCUGCAGUGUCUGGGUGCCUCGUGGCGUCCGCCAUGUUGGCUGGGUCGGUAAAUGUGCCCAUAGCUGUAAUUAUUCUGUUCCCCCUGUAUUGUGGGUCAGAGUGUUCCCCCAUGGUUGGACUGGGAUUACGCCCACCAGUCCAGAGGGGUGGGGGUUGCAGGGUACCUGCUCUACUGUAUAUGCCCCUGUGCCUCUCAGAGCUGGGAGGUCGGCCGCCCCUCCCGCCCGUCGGUCAGCGGUCUGCAUGGCUCAGGGUGUGCCGCUUGUUUCUUCGGUCAAGCUUCUGCCCUCGGUAGUUCCUCGUUGCUCGGUGUAGAGGUAGGUAAGGCUUUAGCUGGGUUUUGUCUCGGGUUUAAUUGGGCUGAAAGUCGCUUUUUUGCCAAGUGCAGUGAGGAGUUCAUGCAAGUUGUGUCUCUACAUCUUGGCGGUCAGGCCCCGCCCCAACACUUAACUUUUAAGCUUUUAUGGUCCUAGUGAAAAUGACCAACCUUUAUGGCGGAAACACCAAAUUUGAACAAGAAAAAAGGAAAAAAUAUUAUACCAGUAGAGAAUGAAAAUGUAAUUAUUUACACUUUUGAGAUUCCACCUUAACAAAGUGUUUGUUCAAAGUAACUCAACAACAAAAUUGUGCAAAUGUAAAUCUGCAAUCCUAUGUGUGCACUUUUAUUUUUCUAUACAACCCUGAAAUACUCUCAGCGUUUUGAAACAUUUGUGCAGCUACACUUUUACUGGCACUAUAUUCCUACAGGGAUCCCCUUCUUUGCACGCCCAAGUGCCCCGCACGCAUUAGGAUUCCCUAUAGGAAAGUAUUGUUUCAUUACUUUCCUAUGGGCAUUUGAUUGACACUGUAUGUCCUUGUGCACAGUGUGAGGACGUCCAGCAUCAUUUAGGUGACUUUUAGUCGCCUAACCACCCGACAGUCCCUCUAGUGGUUGUCUGGUAGACAGCUACUAGAGGUGAAGUUAAGCCUGAGAGGUAAUUAUUGCAGUUUCUGAGAAACUGCAGUAAUUACCACUGUAGGAUUAAGGGACAUGGGACAUUGCACUCAGACCACUUCAAUGAAGUGUCCCUUUAGCAAGUCUACCCCUGAUAACUUUUUUUAAGUUAAAGGAACACUCUGGGUACCAUUAUACCUUCAUCAGAUUUAAGUUAUGAUGCGAUGAGGUCCCUAGAUUUCAGCUUAUCUCAAGCGGUUACUGUUAAAAUGAAUGGUUUAACUCCAAAGUCCUGGAUCUGUCACCCAGUCACUCUGCCCUGCUAUUUCCACUGCAACCUGAGGUUUGAAUCUGGUUGGAAGUUGCUGAUAAGUUGAAUUCAGCUGAUGCUUUUAGCCAUUUCUUAGCUCCCUAUUCCCAGAAAGGCGUGAGAAAAAUACCGGUGUUACUCAAGCCAUUUGAAUAAAAGUGAAAGGGAGGGGGGCCGCUACAUGGAUGCCCCGGUGGCCUUGUACCACGACCUGUCGCAGACAACUCUGGACACCCGGCGGGCCUUGCGGCCGCUUACCCGCCUGCUCCAGGAGAGAAGAAUCCCGUACAAGUGGGGUUUCCCCUUUAGCCUGCAGGCCCGGGUGGGCAAUAUGUGGCAUGUGCUCCAGUGGCCCAACGAUGUCCCCCGAUUCCUCCGGAAUGCGGGCCUUCCUCAUAUCGCUGUCCCGAACUGGAUCCUGGGGGAGCCCCCGGCUAGGGCGUCGGGCCCUGACGAGGCUGCACACAACCUUCAUCCGGAUCCUGAGAUGCCACGACGCAGAGGAGGGCCGAAUGGCCCAGAAGAGUAACGGUUACCUGUUGCGCCUGGUGGCGGUCCCCCGGGGGCUGUCGGAUCAGGCAGGGCUCCCAUCGGGCCUCAGCCCCUAAGUAGCGGGACUCUCGGCUACCCGGUUGUGAAGUUGGGGCACCCCUGCCCAGGGUAUGUACUGUGGUGGACUACGCUCUAUAGAAGUUAGCUGCCUGGGGAGGGCUGGUAGUUAGGUUGGGUGGCAAGGGUUAAAGGGGUUUGGCGGCAGUAGCGGGCAGAUUUCGGGUGGGUUCCACCGCAGGUGGGGAGGGCAGGGGGGUAAGUGCUGGACUGGGUUGAGGAGCUGUUGGGGACUGGCUGAAGACGAUGGCUUUGGGGGACACAUUUGUACUCUUUCCCCCCCCCCCUUUUUUUUUUAUAUCUCUCCCCUUGUCUCCUCUCAUUUUGCCUGCCUAUAGGGGGGAGGUCUUGGAUGGGUGUUUGGUUAUGCGGUGCUUAGUGGCGCUGCCGGGUUGGGGGUUUGGGGAGGCAGUGGCGCCACCUUGCAGCGGUUCUCACCAUUGUUCCUUAUACGCUGGGGACAUCUCAGGUCAUCUGGGGUCGGCCCAUGUAGAGGUAGGGGUAUUUGGCGAUUGGGGUGAAGGGGGGUAUUGGAGCGGGCGAGGGGCAGGCCGCUACUAGGUGGGGGUGGCUGUUGGGGUUUAGGAGGGGGCGGAGGGGGCACGAGGGAGGGGGCUGUCUCCAGUAGUCCUCGCAGGAGGGGGGGGAGAGAGAUCCGCACCUGGGCAGACCCUGGAUCAGGCAUCGGGAGGUGGGUGGAGGCUCAGUCACAUACGAAGGGGGGCCCCACCUCGCCCGGCAGGAAAGCCCCAGGCAUGGAAUGGGCAUCUUACCAUUAUGCGGUCAUCUAGGCACCGGUUGGGCAGAUGGGCGACCCCUGGGGACGCGGGGUAGUGAGGUAUUGGGGUGUUUUUCUGUUUUCUUUCUUGGGGCAGGGGGCUAAAGAGGGGAGUACUCCUAGCUUAAUCUAUUACUGUCAAAGGGGGGAGGGGCGGGGACCCAAGACAGGUUGGUUGCACACAGGGGGCGCAGGCUGGGGGCGGGCUGAGGGCACACGCAAGCCGCACCCCCACGAGGGCUGUUAGAUGGGGCAGUUCACAUGGUUUUCCUCAGUUAUUUGUGUUUUAGCCUCUGGAUUCUUGCACGUUAGACACACAGGGUGACGGCAGACGGACACUGAGGCAGUUACAACCACUACAUUCCACGGAAACGCCAAGACAGUGAGGGGCCCUUUUGUUCCCUACUGUGACAGACCAGCACUGUAAAUAGAGCCGGGGUUCCUCACACGGGCAUACUAACCCGGGGUGAGGAUUAUACUUUCCCGGCUCAGGGUCGGCGUUGCCCACGGAGGGCGGUGAGACUAAGUCCUACUGUUAUCAGCACUGGACCUCCCACAUUCUUCCUUACCCACGCUCCCAGCUGUACCGGGGCGGGGGCGCUCCGCCGCUGCAGCGAUGGCACCCGGUCGGGGCUUCGUUCCGGCGCGGCUGACCUACUGGUCUAACAACGUUCAUGGGCUUAACAUUCCGGAAAAACGAUCACAAUUGCAGCGGCAGCUCUGAGCCGCAAAAGCAUCCGUGGCGUUCCUGCAAGAGACGCAUUUCAAGGGGAGAGAUGCACCUAAACUGGAGAAUCGGCGAUUCCCGUUGGGAUUUUACGCUAAUCACCAAACCGCCAAAAAAGCGGGGGUGGCUAUUCUCUUCGCCCAGACGACGCCUUUCCUUCAUUUGGCGUCCCAAUUGGACCCGAUGGGGAGAUACCUAUUCUUAAAGGGCACCAUAGCGGAUCAUGUGUAUACCUUCGCUUGCAUAUACUGCCCAAAUAGGGGCCAGCACACCUUCCUAUCCCGAACACUUGCCAAACUAGAGAGAUUCCGGGAGGGCCUCCUGGUCCUUGGCGGCGACCUCAAUAUCCCGCUGGAACCCCGGCUGGACACUUCCAGGGGCAUGACCGCGGUCCCGGCUGCAAGUAUACGGCUGUCCCAGCGUGCCUUGCACAAAGUUGGCUUGGUAGAUUGUUGGAGGGCCUGCAACCCGGAGGGGAGAGACUACACCCACUACUCUGCGGUGCACGCACAAUACAGCCGUAUCGACUAUAUCUUCCUGGCACAAGAAUUCUUGAACCUCCUGCAGGGAGCGGAAAUAGGCAUUAUAGGCCACUUGGAUCAUGCACCGGUCCUGGUUCAUACUAAUUCCCCGCUAUAUAAGCCCAGUGAACGACAAUGGAAGCUCAAUGAAACUAUGCUGGAUGAUUUGGUUUUCACACAGUCCGCGACUCGUGCCCUGUCAGAGUACUUCACCACCAACGAUACCGCGGAUACGACUCCUCUAAGGCUUUGGGAGGCGCACAAAUGCGUCAUCCGGGGCUUCUUCAUCUCCGAGAGCACCAAACGCAAAAAGGAAAGACGAGCUCGCAUUUCCAGCCUGACCAAGCGUAUCGCUGACUUAGAAGGAACUCAUAAGCAAACCCUAGACGAGGACACUUACCUCCAACUGGUGGAGGCACGUAGGGACUUGCAAAAGAUUCUGUGGCAGGGGCUAUUACUCACCGCUAGGAAGGCCUCUAGGUUCUUCUACGAACACUCCAAUAAGUGCGGGAGAUUGUUAGCCCGGAUGCUCCGUGAAAAGCGCAGGAUGCUCCAUGUCCAUAAAAUACGCACGGGGAAUGGGGAUACUACACGCCUCCCAAAUGGCAUACUGUCGGCAUUCCAGGAUUACUAUGCGGCCCUUUACGACCAAACGAAACACCGCACAGCAUCAGAGGUACGGCAACACAAGGAGAGGAUAGUGGAGUACCUACAAACCCAUGUUACACGUAGACUCACCCCGGAGCAGGAGGCGGAACUGGAGGUUCCUUUGUCGGUGGAGGAACUCGCUGCGGCGCUGAAGGCCACCAAGACUCACAGGGCACCAGGGCCGGACGGCUUACCAGCUUCUUAUUUACGGACGUUCAGGGAUAUCCUCCUACCCAGACUGGUCGCAGGGCUCAACUCCUUGCGGGAGGAAGGCCGCUUUCAUGAAGACACAUUGAGGGCAACGGUUACGAUCCUCCCGAAGGAGGGCAAAGACCCCAUGGACUGUGCCAGUUACAGACCAAUUUCAUUGCUCAAUGCGGACCUUAAAGUGUUUGCUAAAGCUCUGGCACUACGGAUGGCUAGGACCCUGCCGGAGAUCGUGCACCCGGACCAGGUCGGUUUCAUACCUGGCCGCGAGGCCCGAGACAAUACCAUUAGGGCCCUUAACGCGGUCCACGUAGCUCGAUCCAGUGGGAGGGAGAUGAUACUCCUUUCUACUGACGCCGAGAAGGCGUUUGAUAGAGUUGACUGGACUUAUCUGCAGGAGACCCUGGGAUGCAUGGGGUUUGGACCAGGUCUAAGGGCAUGGGUGGCGGCGCUGUACACGGAACCAACGGCGCGUAUACGGGUGAACGGAGCACUUACGGGUGUGUUCCGGAUUUCCAACGGCACGCGUCAGGGCUGCCCGCUGUCCCCCCUCCUGUUUGCCCUCACACUGGAGCCCUUCCUGGAGGCGGUGAGGCGAGACGGGGGCAUAGCGGGGUGCCUGGUAGGGGGGGAGGAGCAUCGGGUGGCGGCAUACGCCGAUGACAUGCUCUUCCUCCUCGAACAGCCAAGAAUCUCGCUACCGAACUUAAUAGAAGCUUUCCGACUCUAUGGCUUAGUUUCUAACCUGAAGCUCAACCUGGCCAAGUCGGAACUGAUGCCACUCACACGAGACCCGGCACUUCGUAGACACAUCCAGGCGCAUUUCCCCUUCCGGAUUUGCUUGAACAAAUUACGGUACCUGGGCAUCUGGAUACCGUGUGAUCUAACUCAAGCUUAUUCCAUGAAUUUUGCCCCCUUACUCACAACUCUACAACAAGAUAUGAAGCGCUGGGCCCCCCAAUAUAUAUCCUGGUUCGGACGCAUAAAUGCCAUUAAAAUGAAUGUCAUGCCCCGUAAAUUGUACUUGUUCCAGACGAUCCCGGUCAUUAUACCAAGGAACUUCUUCCUAACGUUGUCAUCCGCCUUUAAGCAGUUCGUAUGGAACCAGAGACCUGCCCGCAUUCGGCAGUCAAUCCUAGAACGUCCUAGAAGUGAGGGAGGCAUGGGCUUGCCUUCGGUCCUCACUUACUACCGGGCUACACACUUGUCUCGUCUGGUGGACUGGCACGCUGCUCCUAGCGGGAAGCGGUGGGUAGACAUGGAAAAGACACAGGCAGGGGGAAGCAAAAUACCGUCCCAGCUGUGGCUGGGGGAUGCCACGUUCCAGGACCUGCGAACUGGCAACCCUUUGGUGGAUGCGACUCUGAAGGUCUGGUGUGGCAUCCGGUUCUCCCAACAACUCACGUCAUCGCCAAAUCCACUUACGCCCGUGACGCAUAACCCAAGACUGGCAGGUGGACUCUCCCCAGGUGAUCUGAGGAACUUUGGGGCCACGGACUGGAUCUACCUGCACCAAUGGUGUAAUGGUCAGAACCUCAAACCGCUGGCUACGCUGCUCCAAGACCGCAGACCCAGCGGCUUGGACAACUUCCGGUACUACCAGCUUAAAACCUAUGUAACCUCGCUAACUGGGAAGGCGCACCUCCACCGCCCACUGUCCCACUUCGAACAAAUCUGUGCCGCCAGACAGCAUCUCAUCCAUGGCAUAGCGCAACUCUACUCCAUGUUGCAGAGUGGCGAAGACCAGGCCCCACUAGGGUUCACGGCACGGUGGGAGAGGGAAGCAGGGGUCGAGCUAUCUACCUCUGAAUGGCAAAAGAUCUUCCAAUUGACGCACAGGGGGACCAUUUGCUCCAAGUUCCAGGAGUGCAAUUACAAGAUACUGGUGCGUUGGUAUAGAACUCCGGACAUCCUUCGUCAUGUUCACGAAUCCAUCUCAGGAGAGUGCUGGAGGUGUGGAGAUGCUGAUGGCUCUGGGAUCCACAUGUGGUGGUCGUGUCCCCGCAUCGAACCUUUCUGGAGAGCGAUACAUAAAGGAAUUAAAGAUGUUACCGGGACAGACAUCUCAUUCCAGCCGCUGCCAAUGCUACUGAAUCAUACGAGCAUGCCUAUUUCCGCUUACAAGAAGGGCUUGGUGAUACACCUUCUCACGGCAGCAAAAUCCCUUAUCCCCACGUUAUGGAGAAGUCAGGUAGCCCCCUCGCUCCACCAAUGGAUUGACAGGGUGGAAAUGAUUUACAACAUGGAAUUGAUGGCUGCGUCUCUGCAGGGGCGCUCGGAUAAAUGUGCGCUCACAUGGUUUCCUUGGACGGAGUACACGGCCAGGGGGGCCGCGGGGGGAGCCCGGUCCUCACCCACAAUGACCUGACUGUGACCCGGGGUGCCUUCCUGUUUAGGGGGGGGGGCACACCUCCCCAUCCAUGCGACUAUGACUUCCCUUCACAUGCCCCUCCGUCCUUCCCAGACAGACGACACACGGAGGCACUUACCAGAGAAUAGCCUCACAAGCUCACUCACCCCCUAACUUAGCAUUCAGUGUGUUUUGGGGAUGGGGGCUGGAAGUACAGAGCAAGGACUGGGGCUAGUCCACGGCGGCAUAGGCAGAUAGCGGGUCGGCGAGGCUUCUGAACAUCUUGGGUGCAGGUGGGUGUUGUACAGGACGAGGGGGGUCGGAGUGGAGGGAUGGAGGUUAACAAAGCCUUUGGAUGGUACGGGGGGAGGUCCUCUGGCGCUUUCAGCCUCACACACUGGGUUCACCCCGGGCCUCGGACUCAAUACAGGCGGUGGUACCUGAUUUGACCCCUAGGGGGCUCAGGCUUCUUACGCUAGGGGAGGAGAAAGGGCACGGUGGCCUCGGAGGACAAGCCGCAGCUGGCGGACCUUGCCCACGAACCACCGACCCAGUGUAGGGGGUCGGGGGGUACCGAGGGGACACUGGGCCAGGGGCGAACCCAUCAGAGGGCCGCCUAGAAUACGGUUGCAGAGGCAACAUGCAGUUUAGAAUGCCCGCUCAAGAGGUAGAAUGAAAAGCCACAUACCCCACGCCCCACCCGGCGCAUGAGUCACAUGUGUCCUCCAGUGGUCCCGAGAUUGCGGCCCUGUUUGCCGCUUAGAUGUAUCAGCACUGUCUAAAUUCUAGCUUAAUUCAAAUGCUAAGAUUCCGUCAAAUUUCCAGAUGUAGUGGCGGCCUAUCUGGAGUAUGUUACUCUUUCUUCCUGGCUCCUGUAUAAGGAGAUGAAUAUGUUUGAAUGUCUGUAUUGACCUAAACGUGCUGUAUAAAAUAAAUGGAAAAAUAAAGAUUGUCAAAAAAAAAAAAGUGAAAGGGAGCUGCUGAAAGCGUCAGCUGAUGCUCUCAGCUCAUCAGUGACUGCUAGUCCAAUGCUUCCUUAUUCAAGUUCUAGGACAGAGGUGAAAAUGGUUUGGCAGAGCAAUCAGGCAACAGAUUCGUGGCUUAAGGGUACCUCCUUGAACCAUAACAACUUAAUUCUGAUGAAGUUAUGUUGCCUGGAGUAUUCCUUUUACAGGUAGACUAUAGUCACACUCAAACCAUUUCAUCCAAGUGAAACAUUGCAGUUUUAGUUACCAGACAGGCACUAGAGACUCUUAACACUGUAUUGACAGAAUAAAACUCAUGUGACACGAAAGCCCCAUAGGAAAGUAUUCCUUGUUUUCAUAUGGUAAAGUUUACGCCUGUGUGUCACUUGCCACGCAUGUGAUGGCAGAUGCUCCUGUAUGAGGAGCAUUGGAUUGGACAUCAAAAGAGGAGGCUGUGCCAAGGGAGUUAAAAAAAUUAAGUAAAGCUUGCUGAAAAAACAGUAGCGACAGGAACACUAUAGCAUUAGAAAUAUCGCAUUGUUCUUUUCAAAUUUUGUCACCCCAAGCACCAUGACUACUUUAGUGUUUUGAAGUGGUCACAGUGCCUGGAGUCUGUAUGUGUGGUGUUUAGCUUUGAAAUGCUGCAUAUAAGUUUAACUCCUUGGCUGCCAGAGACCACGGUAGUGUUAUUGGGCAUCAUUAGCCAGCCUAAAGAAGAAUUCUGUUCUGGCUAAUGUCAAUUCUGUGCAUAUUACUAUGCACAUAAUGACAUCUGGUUUCUGCAGAGCUGUCAGUCACGCCAUCUAUUUAUUGGCGGAGGGCAUAAGCUGACUGCUCUCAGUCAAUUAAUGGCUAAUGAGAUCAACUUCUGACUUCUGCAGCUUUACAGGAGCCAGAGGUCAUCACUGGCCACUGGAGGACAGUUCUUGCCUGGUGGGGACCCAGAUAAGAGGGAAAACUGUUAGCCAUAUUACUAGAAAAUGGUGCCAGGGCAUCAUAACCACUGUAGAGGUAUAUUUGUAUAUAGUUUUGUCAUUUGAAUGCAUAUAUAUAUUCUAAUUUACAUAUAUUUAACCAGUCUGUUUCCAUACCGUUUGAUCUCAGAAGGAUGACUACUCUGGGUCCUGGCUGCAGCAGCUGCUCGCUACGCAUGAUGGGAGUCUGGUGCUGGUCCAGGCCUCUCUGCUUUUAGGUGCGGCUCUCUGUAUGCUGAGAUGAAGUGUUGUGUACUCACUUCCUCCCUGCACUGUGACCAAACUGCAGCUCUAUUAGGUGCCUGGUCUGGUGUGCUAUUCAGAGAUGCCCAAUGCGUGACCCCUAAGCUUGUGGGCCUGAUGCAUCGGCAUUAAACAGUUAUGGUAACAAUAUAGCUAAAUAUUUAUUUUUUUGAGAGAGAGUUUAACUGGAUAGGUUUUACAGUUCUAUCAUGUAUAGCAUUUCUUAAUAUUUUUAUUUUCCUGACAUAUGGUGGCAGUACAACAGGGAUGUACGCUUCCCUCGGGACAAGCAUCUGAAAUAAAUAAUUAACAUAAAAAGUACCUCCCCUUACCAGGUAUAAGAGACCCAACCAGCCCAGGGACCUCCGUCUGGACGGCAUCUGGAAUAUGGAUGGUGAGGCACAUGGGUUGCUGCCAGGGGGAUCCGGUCUGAUAGCCUCCAGGGUGGAGUGCUGAAUGUCCAGAAAACAUCCAGCAGAUUACGGAGCAGGUAUAUAAGCCUGCUUGUAUGCCGAGUGCAGUCACUGACAAAGCAGGGAGGCGGUUUCUAGUGGCAGCAAAUCACUGCCAGUUGGAGACGCAUGCGCAUUGGCGGUGGAACGCACGCCCGGGAGGUUUUGCGUUCCACCGGCGUUCCAACCGCGCUAUUGCGCAUGCGCGGUCUGACCUCCCCGAAAUGGCGCCAAGUUUAAAGCGGCUCUGCCUAGUUAUGCUGUACAAAUCUUCCUGUCAGCAUGGAUGCUCGGCAGUGAAGGUCUCCCGUGUCACCAGCCCCCCCACACGGGUCAGAGGUUUUAAAAUUAUGAUUCUUUAGACUCUCAUCUUUAAAACUCUCUCUCUUUCUCUCUCUCUCUCUCCUCUAAUUUUUUUUUUUUUUAUUGUUUCUACAAAAUGAUUUAUUGCUUAUGUAUUACAGAUAUGUCUAGUCCUGUCUCUACAGAUAAUUUGGAUUGGGCCAAAGUGCCUACACCUGCUUCAAAAAAAGCCAGUUCCAAAACUAAACAUCUCUGUUGCAGUGAAUGCUCUACUCCUUUACCAGAUGGUUUUAAAAGGAAAGUCUGUAAUGUUUGCUCUUCCUUGACGCUAGAAAAAUCCAAGCAACAAGAGAUGAAAUCCUUUUUGUCUUGGUUUCAGGAUAAUCUGGCCCAGACUUUUGAGUCUUUUAAAGAUCCUGCUCACACUUCUCCUGUAAAAGCUACUAAACAGAAGUCUAAAAGGAAGAGAACUCCAUCUAGUUCAGAACUAGCCUCGGGUGAUUGUUUUUUCUUAUUCAGAAGCCUUUAGCGACUCUUUUAUUUCUGAGGUUGGAUUUCCUCAUGAUGAGUUGAGAAAAUUUAUUAAAGAGGUUAAUGUUAUCCUUUCUGAUGAAACGGUAGAUAAAUCCAAGGGUAAAACACUGCCAGUCCAACAAAAAAUGCUGGAUUUUAUAUUCAGAGAAUGGAAGAACCCUGAGAAAAGUUUUCCUUUUGUCUCCAGACAUUUUAAAAGUAUUGUUAAAAUAGAGGAGGAAGAUAAAUGGGAAGAAUUGCCGGUGGUUGAUGUACAAGUGGCUCAAUUGUCUAAAAAAAAAAAAAAAAACUACCAUACCUAUUGGUGAAGUUUCUGGUCUGAAAGACCCUAUGGAUAAGAGGGCUGAAACUUCCAGCAGAAGGGCUUAUCAGGCUGCAGGUUUUCAGGCUAAAGCAGCGUUAGCCGGGGCUUCAGUGGUGAGAGCUCAGAAUCUUUGGCUUAACACUUUGGAAGAUGGUCUGGGUGAUAACCAAUCCAGAAUUUAAGGUUGUCUAAUGAGUACCUUAUGGAUAUUGUCACGUAGGUGUUAAAGCUUUCGGUUCGUGUCAUGGGUUUGACAUCUGUGGCCCGAAGGGCACUGUAGCUUAAAGCCUGGACAGCAGACACUGCAUCAAAAUCUGCAUUAUGUGAACUCUUUGGAGAAGAAAAAGUUGUUUGGUUCUCCUUUAGAAGAGUUAAUCCGACAAAUGUCGGAAACCAAGAAGGCCCUGAAAUAUGCCUGGAAACCCAGGUAUAGAAAUUUCCAGUUCAAAAACCGUAGGGGUUUUCAAGAAAAACCCAGGUUUUUUUUUCGUCAACAAAGAAAAAAAUCCAAGAUUUGACACACAAAAAGACCCUAAGUCUGACAGAAACAAACGUUUCUGACGCCAUCAGAGUGGGCAGAAGGAUGCAAGGUUUUGUUCACAGAUGGAGGGAGACCACUACAAAUCUAUGGAUUCUGAAUCUGGUGCAAAAUGGAUACCGAAUAAAAUUCUUAGAUGUUCCAAGACCAAGUUUCCUUGUCUCCUCCUACCGGUCGAAGUUAAAAAACCAAGACCUUUCUUCUGCCACGGUCUCCCUUUUAAAAAAAGGUGUAGUAGAAAGGAUUCCAACUUCCCAAGUAUAUCAAGGGGGUAUGCUCCAGGUUGUUCCUAGUCCCAAAACCGGACACGUCUUUUCGUCCAAUCUUGGAUCUAAAAACCCUGAACAAACUCAUUCCUUACCAACAUUUCAGAAUGGAGACUAUAGCGUCUGUCAUCCAUAUCCUUUUAAAAGGAGAUUUCAUGGCAACUUUGGAUCUAAAGGAUGCCUACCUGCAUAUUCCUAUGGAUGGGAAAUCAAGAAAAUACCUGAGGUUUGCUAUAAGGAAAGGGAAAAAGGUCCAUCAUUUCCAAUUCAAAGCCCUUCCAUUCAGGCUAGCUUCAGCACCCAGGAUUUUUACAAAGGUCCUCACACCGGUCACCACUUUUUUAAGGAUGCAGGGAAUCACAGUAGUACCUUACUUGGAUGACUGGUUAAUAAAGGCAGAUUCAAGAGGCGCUCUAGAGUCAGAUGUGGCCUAUACGCUAGAAAUCCUGGAAGAACAUGGUUGGAUUAUCAACCUAGAAAAAUCACACCUUACCCCUACGAGGUCUAUCCUGUUUCUAGGGUUUAUGGUCAAGUCGGAGUCUGUCGGUUCAUCCGACAAGAGAAAAGAGAAAAAAAGAUAAAGAUUUUAAUAAAGAAACCUUCUUCGGAUGUCAGAAUGUUCGGUGACGAAAGCCAUGCAGGUUUUAGGUCAUCUGACCUCUACAAUCCCGGCAGUAAAAUGGGCCAGAGCGGAAUCAAGGCCCUUACAGUGGGAAAUUCUUGUCCAAUGGUCAAAGAAGGAAGAAGAAUUGCAUGCUUUAAUGAGUAUAUCAGAUCAUACAAAAGAAAAGAUCUCUUGGUGGCUAGAGAAAAAAAUUAAUUACAGAAGGCCUGUCUUUUCGUGAAAAAUCUUGGAUCGUGAUUUCUGCAGACGCUUCAAAUACAGGUUGGGGAGCUCACCUCCUGUAUCACUUAAGACAAGGUGUUUGGUUGAAAAAGGAAACAAUGGAAUCUUCAAAUUUCAGGCAGUUGUUGACAGUUCUCUAUGCUCUUUAGCAGUUCAAGGAUUUCAUUAUAGGAAAAGCUGUAAAGAUCCAGUCGGACAAUCAGACUACAGUCUCCUACCUAAACAAACAAGGCAGUACAAGAGUAAAAAAAUUGUAUUUCCUUUGCUCACGUAUUAUGUCCUGGGCUCAAAGUCAUCUAGACGACAUUUCCGCCAUUCACAUUCGAGGCGUAGACAACGUGGUAGCGGACGAUUUAAGCAGAUCAAAAUGGUCCCAGAACGAGUGGCCUCUCAAUCCAGAAAUUUUCACUCAACUGGUGAAGAGAUUCGGUCUGCCAGUCAUAGACCUUAUGGCAAGAAGAUCAAAUGCAAAAGUAAGAUUCAAGGUAGACAAGUUGUUGGGAAUGGAUGGUCUUUCGAUCCGGUGGGAGUUUCCCCUUGCUUACAUUUUUUCCCCCAGUGAGCCUUGUCCCAAGGAUUCUGCAAAAGGUAACAUCAAAUCAAGCUCGUAUUCUGGCCAUAAUUCCGUACUGGCCAAACCGCAGCUGUUUCUCAGUUUUAAAGAUGGCUUUAAAGUACUGGAUUCUCCCGGUAACACCGGAUCUUCUGGAAAACAAGGGAAUUCCAGUAGAAGUAUUGAACAUGUUCAGGUUGACGGCUUGGCUGCUGCACGGCUAAUUCUGCAUAAUAGGGGCAUUAAAGAAGAGUGGUGUCAGUUACUCUUAAAUUCUACCAGAAGCUCUACUACUUCUAUCUACUUAAAAAUUUGGACGAGAUUUCUUCACUGGUGCAUAUUUCAUUGUUGCAUAGGAUCCUCUCCUUCUACUGAUACUAUCCUUCAUUUUUUGCAAGAUGGUCUUGCUUAAGGUUUUAGUCUGUCUACCUUCAAAGUCCAAGUUUCUGCUCUGUCAUUUUUUGGUAAAAAAUUGGGCGUCUGAUCCUCUUAAAGCGGUUAGACUCGUAAAGCUUCCUAAGAAAAUCUGUUUUCACUCUUGGGAUUUGUUUUUAGUUUUGAAAUCUCUGUGUACGGAGCCUUUCGAACCUUUGGAAGAAGCUUCAUUGAAAAAUCUGUCCCUGAAAACCGUGUUUUUGGUGGCCAUUACUUCAGCUAAGAGGAUAGGGGAACUCCAGGCCCUUUCUUCUUCUCCUGCCUUUACAAAACGUCUUCCGGAUUAAAGUGGUUAUGUACCCUAAGCCUUCCUUUCUUCCAAAAGUCAUCUCUUCCAAGGUUAUAAACCAACCUAUUUUUCUUCCUUCCUUUAAUGGUCCAUCUAUGCCAAAUUGGAAAUUUGAUUUUAGACAACUAGAUGUGGGUCGAUCUCUGAAAAUCUACUUGGACCGCUCCUCUACAUAUAGGAUGACUGAUCAUCUAUUCGUGAAUUUCUUUGGAAAAUUUAAAGGCCAAGUUGCCUCCAAGGCCACUUUAGCUAGAUGGCUGAUGGAUACUAUUAAAUUGGCUUAGUCUUCCUGGUAUCUACCUCUGCCUGCCUCCUUGAAAGCACAUUCUACUAGAGCCAUGGCUGCCACUUGGCCGAAAAAGCGUGUGCCUCUCCGGAAGAUAUAUGCAAGGCGCCUACCUGGUCUUCUUUGAACACUUUUGUCAAGCAUUACAGGCUAGACAUAUUCUCUGCCUCUGACGCUGAUUUUGGGCACGAGGUGUUACAAGCUGUUAUUGCCUAAAUUCCCGCCCUUAGUAUGGGAUCUCGAUAUAUCCCUAAUGUACUGCCACCAUAUGUCAGGAAAAACUGUAAUUUUACUCACCGUAAAUUCCUUUCCUUAAUAUGGUGGCAGUGCAUCACUCCCUCCCUUUAUGUAUAUAUAUUAUAUUUGGGUGUUCUAUGUAUUCACUGAGUUGUUCUUGGUACGUACUGAGGUCCCUGGGCUGGUUGGGUCUCUUAUACCUGGUAAGGGGAGGUACUUUUGAUGUUAAUUAUUUAUUUGAGAUGCUUGUCCUGAGGGAAGAGUACAUCCCUAUUGUACUGCCACCAUAUUAAGGAAAAUGGAAUUUACGAUGAGUAAAAUUACAGUUUUUAUCAUCCAGUCACUUAACAGAUUUUUAUUUUGUUUAAAUUCAGAGAACCUUCUCCAAUUCAAGGAUUUUGGAUUAUAUCUGACUUUUCGCUUGGAACAUCAAUGAUCUGCAUAACAUGUGGCUUUGAAUGCAUCACUAGACCACUGCUGUAUGUAUAUCUUUUAGUAAUAUUGAUGGGUGUGGGAUAAACUUAUAUUGGUAUACAUUUCAUAGAAAGUUUGAAUUUGGAAUAUGUUAUUGAAUUAAGUCACCGUUAAGUGUGUGUGUGUGUGUGUGUAUACUUCUAGAUCCUCUCAUCAUAAUUUUUCCAUAAAUUGAGAAUUGUGAGGAAUGAGAAAAUGAAAAGUUUUAAAUGUUGACCCUUGAAAAUUGUUAAAAGAAUAGCUCGGUAAAUUAUAAAAUAGGUGUGUGUGUGUGGGGGUGGAUGUGCACGCACGCACGCAUGUAUGUAUGUGUAUAUCAUUUUGUAUGUGUGUGUGUAUAUAUAUAAUAAAAUAAAAGCCAGUUUGGGUCGUACAAACCUAGUCAUUAAGUUCCAUCUUUGCAUGUUUCAGUUGGGGAGUUUUGGGUUUGUUUUUCCUCCUCACUCCCUUUUAGAAACUCUUGUAAUAAAAUCUUUUUUUUGUUUUUCUUCUCUUCCAGUACAAAUGCCCAUCCACCAUCUCCCCCACUUCUUCACUCUCAGGUUGGCAGUAGUGCCACAACGUCCAUGCCAUGUUCUGCAGCAGAUGCCAGGGAGUCCUUUGAAAUUCACAUUCAAGGCAUUUUGAGCCGUAAAGCUACAAACCCAUUGCUUCUAAAGUAAGUACAAUGUAUACUUAAAACUUGUGCCCUUAUGCCAAAAACAAAUACAAGAAAUAAUAGAACAGUAUAUAUUUUUCUAUCGUAAUUUAUUAGGGCUCUAUAAUAGUGUGUCUGGGUAGUAAUCUGCUAUUUUAGUAAUGUCUUUUGUUGCAUAGUUGUAUAUUUAUUUGUAAACUAUGUGUAUUAAGGGAAUUUGCAUGCAAUCUUUGUAGUUCCUCAAAUAAAGACAGAUCUCCUUCACCUGAGGAAUGUCUCCAGCUGGUGAGCAGAGCUACCCAAGUGUUUCGGGAAGAAUAUGCAUUGAAACAAGAUCUAGCCAAGGAAGAGAUACAAAGACGGUAAUGUUCCUUUUUGUUCUGUUAUUGUACAUAUUUUGUUUGUGCAUAUUUUUAAUCUGGCUGUCUUCUCUAGGUAAUGUAAUUGUUAAUCAUUUUGUUUGCCCUCAGGCACGUAACAUACCCCAUUAAAUACAGCAGCCCGAUUUAACUGCUUUGUAACAUCGUCCCAAGCAAAUAAUUAGAUAAUGAUAAUUUUCAAAUGAUUUAAUAUUUAAAUAUUUUGCUAUAUUGAUAUUUUUUAUACAUGACAUUUUUGUAUAUGUUAGGAUUUUGAAAAAAAUAAUUAAGUUUAUCCAAAAAUAUAAAAUAAUUAGAAAAAAAUAUGCAAAUAUAUUACCUUGAGGGUGUAAAAUAAAAUACUAUCACACUAGCAGUAGUUCAUAUUCAUUUCCAUAAGACUUGGACUAGUAAUAAAAUCGUAUCAAUUAGAUGUUCGUGUAGACCUAGACAGGAGUAAAUUUACUUAUUUUUUGAGUAACAUACAUCAGUGCACUAUAAAUGUUUUAAAAUGUAUUUAUUUACCUUUUUUUGUUUUGUUUUUUAGAGUGAAGAUGUUGAUGGUGCAAAAAGAGAAACAACUUAAAGAUCUGUGGUACUGUAAAGAGGAAAGGUAAUUUUAUUUAUUUAUUUUUUCAUUUGAUUUGUUAUUCGUGCUAAAAAUAUUGGUAAUUCAUUAGUAGUGUAACCAAUGUACUUGUACUCAAGUGGCAGUAUGUUAUGGCAUAAGAUGGUGAUAGCUAAAAGUUGACUACAUUUGUCAAGAUUCUCAGCUGGGAAUCUGAUGUGCCAACAUUGAACAAUGUCUUGUAAAUCAAGUCAGUUUUUCUUCUGCAGUGUCCAGUUAUUUUACUGUAGAAUAUAUCAUAUUAUAAUUGGUGCUCAUCACUUAGCAAAUGUGUCCUGAAUACAACCCAGUGGCAACACUUUGGUAAGAACUAUAGGGAAAGGACUGUGACAAUGGCUGAUCUUGACAGGCACAAUCUGUAUUUGAGGUACUACUAAGAUGAAUGCAUUAUAUUGAUUGCCGCCUUGCGUUCCAGUACACAUGGAGGAUGAUGUGUGUUUGGAUACAUAUCACUAUAUGUCAGAGCUUUUUGAUGAAUUGUACCCACCUGGGUAGUACACUAUACAAUUAUUUAUAUAGUGUCAACAUAUUUCGCAGAGCUGUGCAAUAGGUAAUCAAGACAAACAAUUUUGUCAAAACAUGUUUGACAUAUGGGAACAGUAGGUUAAGAGGCCCUUCAAAUUCCAUUGAGUUUAAUGGAUUGAAAACUUGCUCUUUUUGUGCUUGAUCACUGGGUAACUCGUGCAAAAGAACACUUUUUAAUGUUUCCAAUAUUUAUCAUUACAAUUGCACAAAAUAUAUUGGGGAAGGAGGGAGUCUCACACUGACAAAAUUCUAUGUAAAAAUAUUCUAUUUUGUUCUGAUAUUUGUGCAUGAGGUACAGUUAAUAAAAUAUAUUUUGAACAUGUUUAAGAAAAUAAAAUAGUAUUAUAACAAUUACCUUUUGGUGCAAAUUUUCCUCUUGCCCACUUUGAAGAGUAUGAAUACAUAUCAAUUUUGUGGUUAUCUUGCAUGAAACUGACAUUUUAUACUAACUGCUUACUUUCUGCUUCUAGGAAAAAACUUAAAGAUAUGGCUGAACGUCUUGCUGAGAAAUUUGAAGAAGCCAAGGAGAAACAAGAUGAUUUACUUAAUAGGUUGGUGGACUAAUAGUUAUAUUGCACACCUGCAGCAAGCUUAAAGGGACACUGGAGUCACCGGAACAACUACAGCUUGAUGUAGUUGUUCUGCUGAGCAUAGUCAGUCCCUGCAAUAAACACUGCCUUUUCAUAAAGGGACACCUUUAGUGGCCACUUCUAAGAUGACCACUGGAGGUGCUUCCGGGGGCAGACAUUCAGUAUCUCCCUGCUCUGCGUGUAAAAAAAUAAAUCCGUUUUUAAACAUACAGUACAUAUGAUAUUGCAGUGUACAACAUGGUUGCAUCUUCUUACAAAUAAAAUAAAAAUACAAUCAUAAGUAGGAUAUUUAUAUAUAUUUUUUUUCCCCCUUUGUUAAAUAGAUUUAAAAAAGUAUUGCAUACUUUCCACACUCAACUCCCAGUGUUGUCCGACAGUGAGCGAGAUACAAAGAAAGAAUUGCAGUCCACAAAUGAACAGCUGCAGUACUUGAGCAAUGCUAUUAAACAGGUAUUUGUUUUGUUCAAAUCUAAUGUUAUGCAUGAUUUAAAUGUUUUAUUUUUUUUUUAAUCUAGUUAAUAUGAAUCACAUAUUUAACACAUGCAAUCUUUUAGUCUAUUAGCAGAUCUUGUUUCAAUUCCCUGGUACACAGUGCGUGCAUUAUCAAGAUUUGUCUGUUGUUCUCAAACAGGUCAAGAUGAAAAUGUCUUAUCAGGAGAAACAGAUGGAAAAUAAGAAUAGCCCAAGGAAAUCCAGCUUUGCUCUUAAUGAAAGUCAAAGAAAAAAUAUUCAAUCUGUGCUAAAAGAAGAGUAAGUAAUGUGUUCACCCAGUUUUUGCAAACAGUUUACUCAUGGUGCAACAUUUGAUUGGCACAGCAUGGCAUUUUGCCACGCAUGUGCACUAGCCUCAGUGUUUCUCUAUGGGGAACACUGGAUUUGAUCUUAGCCAAGAAGGCUGAGAGAGCAGCAGAAAGUAGAUGUCGAGGGCUGAAAGGCAAGUUAAGGCAUGGUGGGGAGGGACGUAGGUAGAUUUUAACGAUAGUGUUAGGAAUACAUGUUUGUAUUCCUAACGCUAUAAUUUUCCUUUAAUUCCCUAAUCUGUAUUUUACUCUAACUGUUCUUGGAGGAUGAAAUGCCAGACUUUGAAGAUGUCUGUGCCAGUUGGACACCCAUUCAGAUAAGGAUAGCUACACUCCACUGCUUCCCUGGGCAUCUGCACUUCUAAUGUUAAUGUCACAUUCCUUGAAGGUGAUAACGGUGCUUUUAAAACAAGCCUUGACUACAUAAUCUAGGUUUAUUUAUUAACUCAAUUAUAUGAUUUUAUGGCUGACCCAGAAAAAAAACAUUUUAAAAAUAAAAAAAAUUUCAUUGGUUUUUAAAGCAAGGAAGUGUGCUGUCAGUUUCAAUCCUGUCUUUAGCUGAAGACUACAGCGAUAUUACUAAAAUCGUUGCAGCUUUAACCCAAUUUUGUCACCAUAGAUUAGAUUUUUUAUUUUUUUUAAUGCAAAGUACUCCAUGUACUGCUUCUGUCUACAUCCCUCCACAACAUCUUGUGUAUUACAUGGUUGUAUUUGGAUUUAGUCAUAUCACUUCCGUUAUUCAUGAAAACAAUAACUGCAACCUCUCUCACUAUUUCUAAAUGCUGAACAUAUCCCAUAAUGUGCUUAGUUUAUGAGCUGGCUAGAAAUAGCUGAUAAGUGUUAAAUUGCAUUCUAGUCAAAGUAGAGCUUAAUUUCUAUAAUGCACCAUAUAGAGGUGAUACUCGAAAAAUUUGAAUAUCGUGCAAAAGUUCAUUUAUUUCAGUAAUGCAACGUAAAAGGGGAAACUAAUUAAUGAGAUACACAUUCCAUGCAAAGCAAGAUAGUUGAAGCCGUGAUUUGUCAUAAAUGCGAUGAUUAUGGCUUACAGCUCCUCAAAACCCCAAAUCCACAAUCUCAGUAAAUUAGAAUAUUACAUGCAAUCAAUAAAACAAGUGUACAUAGAACAAAAUCGGACCUCUGAAAAGUAUAAGCAUUCAUAUGGACUCAGUACUUGGUUUGAGCCCCUUUUGCAGCAAUAACUGCCUCAAUGCGGCGUGGCAUGGAAGCUAUCAGCCUGUGGCACUGCUGAGGUGUUAUGGAAGACCAGGAUGCUUCAAUAGCGGCCUUCAGCUCUUCUUCAUUGUUCAUGUCUAUCAUCUUUCUCUUGGCAAUGCCCCAUAGAUUCUCUAUGGGGUUCAGGUCGGGCGAAUUUGCUGGUCAAUUAAGCACAGUAAUCCCACGGUCAUUGAACCAGGCUUUGGUUCUUUUAGCAGUGUGGGCAGGUGCCAAGUCCUGCUGGAAAAUGAAGUCAGCCUCCCCAUAAAGCUUGUCUAUGGAAGGGAGCAUGAAGUGCUCCAAAAUCUCCUGGUAGAUGGCUGCGUUGACCCUGGAUUUAAUGAAACACAGUGGACCAACACCAGCAGAUGACAUGGCUCCCCAAAUUAACACAGACUGUGGAAACUUCACACUGGACUUCAAGCAUCUUGCCUUGUGUCCCUCUCCAUUCUUCCUCCAGACUCUGGAUCCAUGGUUUCCAAAUGAGAUGCAAAAGUUGCUCUCAUCAGAAAAGAGGACUUUGGACCACUGAGCAACAGACCAGGUCUGUUUUUCUUUAGCCCAGGUAAGACGCUGACGUUGUUUGUUGUUCAGGAGCAGCUUGACAAGAGAAAUACGACAUCUGGAGCCCAUGUCCAGAAUCAGUCUGUGUGUGAUGGCUCUUGAUGCACUGACUCCAGCCUCAAUCCACUCCUUGUGAAAGUCCCCAACACUUUUGAAUGGCCUUUUCCUGACAAUCCUCUCCAGGCUGCGGUCAUCCCUGCUGCUUGUCCACCUUUUUCUUCCACUUUUUUCCCUUCCACAUAACUUUCUAUUAAUGUGCUUUGAUACAGCACUUUGGGAACAUCCAACUUCCUUAACAAUUACCUUUUGAGGAUUUCCCUCCUUAUGGAGGGUGUCAAUUAUGGUUAUCUGCACAACUUUCAGGUCAACAGUCUUCCCCAUGAUUGCGAUUCCUACUGAACCAGACUGAGAGACCAUUUAAAGGUUCAGAAACCCUUUGCAGGUGUUAUGGCUUACUUAGCUGAUUAGAGUGGGACACUGUGAGCCUAGAAUAUUGCACCUUUUCACAAUAUUCUAAUUUACUGAGAUUGUGGAUUUGGGGUUUUCAUGAGCUGUAAGCCAUAAUUAUCGCACUUAUGACAAAUCACGGCUUGAACUAUCUUGCUUUGCAUGUAACGCGUCUAUCUCAAAUAUUAGUUUCCCCUUUUACGUUGCAUUACUGAAAUAAAUGAACUUUUGCAUGAUAUUCUAGUUUUUCCAGUAUCACCUGUAGUUUCCAAGUCCAGUUUCUUUAAAUAUUUGGUUUUCCGUGUAAAGGUAUAUUCAUAAAUAUCGGAGGGGAGUGCCCAGAUGGACCUUCUUACAAUUUUUUAACAAAAUCCCCUGACCAGCAAACAUCUGAUAUAAUCUCUCAGCUAAUAUAGGUUCCACCAUAAUUUUUUUUAUGGUUGACCUCCUCAACAUACACUCAUGUAAGAUGUUGAGUAAAUUAAAAACACCCACGCUCUAGAUAAUUUAUAGGGCAAGUAACAUGCAAAAACAGUUCUUUAUGGUUUUAAAUUAUUUUCUCCAAGUGUUUUAGCUGGCACACCUCUUAAUCCCUUCUCACCAUCCAUUUCACGUGCAGGAAAACUGUGCAUUUGGCAUCAUGCAAAAAGGAAUCAUUGUUCAGAUACCUGCAUAUGUUUUGUAAGGUGAAAAAAAUUACUUUAUGACUUUAGAAUCCACUUCACAAGAACCAAGAUUAAUUCAAUAAUUUUUCCAACCUGAAUUGCUUCCGUUCUAUUGUAACAGAUUUUUUUUUUUUUUUUCUUCACUUUGUAGGGGUGAAAAUAUUCAAGCAAUGGUGAAGCAGAUAAAUGACAUCAGAAACUAUGUGAAUUUCUAA